AUGGUGAUGGCCGAGCCCCGGCGGCUUCCCCCUGCUGCCGCGGCGCUGCUCUUGCAGCCGCCCCGCGGAGGGUCGGGCCCCGUCCGCGUCGGCUUCUACGAGAUCGAGGGCACCCUGGGCAAGGGCAACUUCGCCGUGGUCAAGCUGGGCCGGCACCGCAUCACGCGGAGCGAGGUGGGGAGAGGCGCCUGAGAGGAAAAGGGGAGCGCGGUCGUGGGGGGGGGGCGGGUGAGAGAGAGAAGGGAGGUGGGCAUGGCGAGCCCCCCACCCUCACCUUUCUCUGGUAACGUUGAGAAGGGGGAGGGGAUUUUCCCCUCCCUGAACAACACGCGUGUUGGGUGAGGAUAACGUGUGAACGCGGGCGCCCCAUUCUUCUUCCAACCAAGGGGGCGUUUCUCUAUUUUUCCCCUUGGUGGAGGUUAUGUUUGAAGGGGAUCGAGCUGUGUCCCGCCUUAUUUUCUUCCUUCUCUCCAACCACGGGUGGGGGGGGGCAUUUCUAUGGAUCUCCUGCCUUCUCUCUUCCCCACCCCCUUCUCCUUGAGGUGUGCUGAUGAAAGAAAGGUAAAUGCUCCUUUCUCUCCCCCUUUCUUUCUGCAUCCAUGUGUCUUUUCUCCUUGGGAAACUAUAAUAAUGUGAAUUCCAGGAAAGGGGAAGGGAUUGUGGUGGGUCCUUUUUUGGGGGUGACCCAUAAUACAAAUAUUAACAAGAGGAAGAAGGUGGUAUUUUUCUCCCCCCCCAUUCCUUUUUCUAAAAGUACUAAGGUCUUUGGGUGGGUGGGUGCUCUGGGAGCUUUUUUUCCACUUCAUGGCCUUGCCCUUUGGGGUGCCUCAAGGUUGUGUCCUGUUUCUCUGUCAUCUUUAACAUCUGCAGGAAACCAUGGGGGGGGGGAGUCAUCAUGAGGUUCAGGCUAAAUGUUAUUCCUAUGCAGAUGACACACAGCCUUACCCCUCUUCUCUACCUGCAAGCCCUAGGGGGAGGCUGUCUUGGAAUGGAUGCAGGUGGCCUAGUUGAAGCUGAAUUAGGUUAAAGAGAGAGGCAGUGUGGGGUGGGAAAUCUGCUGAUCUGGAUGGAGAUAUGCAGCCAGUUUGGGAUGGGGCUGCAUUCCCCCUGAAACAUCAAGUAUGUGGUUUUGGGGUUCUCUUGUACUUGGUACUGUCACUGGGAGCUUGGAUCCUGCCAGUGACUAUGGGUGCCUUUUUACCAGCUUAGGAUGGCUCCCAGUUGCAACCAUAUCUGGAGAAAGCAAACCUUAACAGUUACACGUGUUUCGGCUAUAUCCCGACUAAUGCACAAUUCCUAGGGCUGUGUUUAAAGACACUCAGAAACUUCGACAAGUACAGAAUUAAGGUUGCUCACAGGCCCGUCAUCAAGGUCCAUCAGCUAGUGAUGGGGCACUUGUAGUGGUGGCCCCAUAUGUCUGGAGCUUGCUUGUGAAAGAAAUAUGUGUGUUAGCUUUUAACAAACCUUUAAAACUUUUUUUGUUUCAGUCUUCAUUUUUCUAAAUAUGUGACGAGAUUCUAAAUGGCUGCUGCUUUUAGUUUUGUAAUUGAAUCAUUUUGUAUGUACAGUAGUUUAAAAUUUGUUUCAUACUGCAUUAAUUAUAAUUUGUUAGCUGCCUUGGGAGGGCUUUACCUUAAAAGGUAGUGUAUACAUUUUUCAAGUAAAUAAUAAAAAGCGAGGAGUAGGGUUCUCCCUUCUUCCCAUCUCACCACUUUAGAAAGUACUGUACUACGUGAAAAUGAUGCUAGAAAUGUUGCGAGGGAAGGGGGCAGUUUAGUAACGAAAUGAGAGCCUGCCUAAUAAAAGACAGUCUUGGGUUUCCUAAAAGGAACAUUGCCUUCACUAGAAAAGGUGCGUCCCCACAAGGAUACUUCCCACCCACCCCUUCCAAAAUGUACUCCUUCCAGGUAUACGCACAUGAGAAGGAUGCUGGCUUCAUUAAUGCUACAGGACAUAGUUCUGAGAAGGUGUGUGUGGUGGUGAUCCAAUAGGGGUGUCUCCUUAUAAAGCCCCCCAUUUAAAUCAAGAGGUGUUUGCUUGUCAUGGCCUGCCCCUUCAGAAAGAAAAACCGCACCCUGGAAAAGAGGUUUUUGUUAUAAAAUGAGAUUUUCACUAGGAGGACGAUCUUCGCUUUCCUCUCACCUUGGAGAAUGGAGCAUUAUAUCAAAGGAAGUGCUUGUCGUGAACACAGAUUAUUGAUGUGUUCUUGAAACAUAGUGUCCAUGGGUGGUCUAAUUUAGAGGAAGUUGUGGUAGGGGUGUCAAACCCCGCCCCCCUCCAAAGCUUUCUUCGGACCUUGAUCAUUUUGUCCAGGAAAUGAGCCUCGGCAGAGGGGAAAGGGUGGUGGAGUCAGCUUAAGUCUCAUGGCACUCUGAAAUAUCCUCCCACAGGAGACCUGAUCCUCAAAAGUAGGUGAUAAAGGUUGUUCAUAACAGGGUGAUAAGCGGAGGGUGCUUCCUCAAAGUAAAAACAAAACAAAAUGUAUCCAGAGAAGAAGGCUAAUGGGCGAUAAUGGAGCAUGGCAUCAAGCAUAUGGAUGGGUUUAGAGCAGGAGUCAGCAAACUUUUUCAGCAGGGGGCUGGUCCACUGCCCCUCAGACCUUGUGGGGGGCCGGACUAUAUUUUUUUGGGGAAAUGAAUGAAUUCCUAUGCCCCACAAAUAACCCAGAAAUGCAUUUUAAAUAAAAGCACACAUUCUACUCAUGUAAAAACACGCUGAUUCCUGGACCGUCCACAGGCCGGAUUUAGGUGAUUGGGCCAGAUCCGGCCCCCGGGUCUUAGUUUGCCUACCCAUGCAGCGGUUUGCAACCUGUGUUGGACUACAACUCCCAUCAUCCCUGAGCUCUGGCCUUGCUAGCUAGGGGUGAUGGGAGUUGUAGUUCAACAACAUCUGAGCCCCCAAGAAAGUGUGAUUAGAGAGAGAAAGAGAGAUGGCAGUCUUCCUUGUUGUGCAGGGUGGGUUGGAGUAUUCUGAAAAUGGUUGACACGUCUAAAAGGGGCUCUGUCUCAGAAGGACAUGGCUGUGCUAAUUUUGAGGUGGUUCUUUGUAAAUGGGCAGUGGCUUCAAUGACUGGAGUUGGGGGAAAGAGUCAAAUAAGAUCAUUGGAAAGCAGGAACUGGCAUUUAGGCAUCACAUGAUGAACACGAUUAUAUUUUCCCUUCAUGAAAUUUGGGAUUGGAAGGGAGGCUGCACCUAAAGAAAAGGCAGUUUUAUGAUAAUUGUAGGAAUAAAUAUGGGGAGGAAGAAGAGGGGACAUAGACGUUUACCUGAGAAGUGAGUUGGGGGGGGUUGUAGCAGAGAAAGGGUGUUGUAAUUUAAAACAAGGGGGAUUAGUAUGUAGGAUAUGGUAUGAAAAAAUGGCUUUUUAAAAAAGGGAGUUCCUGAGCACAAUGAGGUAACAAGGUCAGUCGUGUGCCUAAGCAAACUGAUCAGAAUGAUUCCUGGCACUCAGGAAGAUUUCCUAGCAGGGUAUCUUGUCCCUUGCUCUCAGCUGAUUUUGAUCUUCAGUGGUAUAACUGAACUCUGCUAUUGUCCUUGUAGCCUCAACCACAGUCAUUUCCUUUCCAGUAACUGGGAAUGUGAUGGGGAAGCGUAACUUCCUUUGUCCCUUUUUUUUUCAUUCCGGCAGCAAAUGAGGUUAAGAAGCUAGCCCAGGCCUGGCAUAAUGUUGGCACCUGCCAGUUUUUCUGCAACCAGAAGAAUGAAUGAGAGUUUAUUUUUCUACUUCUCAGAAGAACUCUCAAAGCAAAACAUGCUGGGAUACCUUGUCAAACUUUACUGCUUUUGCUCUUAGUCCAUUUUUCAUACAGACAUCCCUGGCAGCAUGCCCUUGGCUCAUUCCAUGACUGCAUCUUGGAAGUGGGGAGGUGAUACAUGCUGCCCAUUUAGUUGUCUCAACUCUUCGAUAGUUAUACCUUGGAUGAGAAUGAUAGCAAUUCUGGACGCUGGGUUUGUUAUUUAUCUUUUUGCAAAUCACAAAAGUCAAACCUCAGAGUGCUAAGCUCCCAUCUAUUUUGGAAAGAUCAUAAAACUUAGUUCCCUUGACCUGGAGUCAGUUUAAAGAAGGAUGGUUCUAUUUUACCUCCCAAUCAUAUGAAUCAUUCUGUCUGUGUACUAAAUUAAGGCCAUGAGAAUCUUUUUGAAUGCAAACUACACAUUAAAGAAGAUGCAAGUCUCAAGGGGGAAAAGCAGAGGGUACACGUAAUUACAGUUUAUUGGAUAAAUAGGUAGCUUGGUUAAGUAUUAAAUGAAUGACUGAAGUAGUUUUUGUGGGAUUUUAUUAAAGUAUCUAAAACAUGCUAGAUUUUAUUUAAGCAACUGAAAAGUUUGUUCCUAAUAGAGGCUAGUACCUUAGCUGAUUUUAUGCAUCUUUACAGUUGUUUGACUGUGUUCCUAGCAUUAUAGCUUAUGUUUUCUGAAGGACCCAAACUGUUGAGAAAUUACUUACAUUUUUAAAGUAAAGUUGGUGGGAAGGCUAACUUAAUUACAGCAUUAUGUUGUGUAGGUAGAAACAGCUGAAAACUAGCCAGUUUUUAAUGCCUUUAAUACAUAAUGCUUUAUUCAAUUAAUUCAUUCACUUUGGGUUGCACUUUCCAUAUUACAUUGUACAGUGGUGCCCCGCAAGACAAAUGCCUCGCAAGACGAAAAACUCGCUAGACGAAAGGGUUUUGCGUUUUUUGAGUCGUUCCGCAAGACGAAUUUCCCUAUGGGCUUGCUUCGCAAGACGAAACGUCUUGCGAGUUCUUGUGAGUUUGUUUCCUUUUUCUUAAAGCCGCUAAGCCGCUAAUAGCCGUGCUUCGCAAGACGAAAAAACCGCAAGACGAAGAGACUCGCGGAACGGAUUAAUUUCGUCUUGCGAGGCACCACUGUAGUGACUGCUAAGUAAUUUUGUACAAAUUAUUCCCUGCUUGAUUUUUGUUUUACAUUUUGCAGCCAGCUCCUUUUUUUAGUCUAGUGUACCAAUGUAAUGUUGUUAGGGGAGGUUUCAAUGUUUGCUGAAAAUAAUGAAAAAUGUUACGUUGUAAAUAACUUUACUUGGAGACUGCAAGAACCAUUAAUAAAAACACCUCUUUGAGCACUUGCAUUUUUUAUGUAAAUACCUGGCAUUAUUUUUAAUAUCUGUCAAUAAUAAGAUUGGAUUUGGCAGUAACCUACAGGACAUUGCACAGAAAGUGUCAGAUACAGCAAGGAUGCAUGAGUAGCCAGAGAUUGAUGUAUGAACGGAAAGAACCAAUUUUGGCUUCUGUAGUUGUAGUUGUUGGACACAACAGGGCUCAGAGCGUAAAAUGUGUAAAAAUAGAUGUUUGUAAAGAAGCUUUCUGUUGCUAAAGGGGAUCAUAAAUUCAAAUGGCAUUCCCUCAUGGUGACAGCCAUGCACCUUGUUCAAAUUUCAAAUAAGAAAUUCACCUCUGUUUCUGAUGUUAAGUCAAGAGAUUACUAUGUUAUGCCAUCCUGGUGGUAGUUUUUUGAAAUUAUUUUCUUGUUCAGCACUCAGCUUUCCUUUUUAUAAUUCCGUACUUUAAAAUUCUGCUAAAAUGGAAUAUGAUCACCUUGUCUCAUGACUUUUCUUGAUAACUUGAUAUACACGGGGGUGUCUUAUACACAGAAAAGUACGGUAAGCAACUUGAGGGAUUAUGAGCUCUGCUGGCAUUGCUGGAUUGGUGAGAGAGGAUUGUACAAAACCAUGCAUGGCUCCACUUUAUCUCCCCACUCCCAGUUCUGCUUUCCGCAAUGCAGGAAGCCCCUUUGAGAUAAUGUUUCUGUUUCAAGUAUUUAGUGCAUACUGUAUUAUUAUUAGGAACAUAAGAAUUGCCUGAUAAAUCAGUGUUUGUUUCAUCUACCCAGUAUCUUGAUGGAUGGUGGUCACUACUUUAAUGUUUUGCAGUGGGUUGCAGUUUUUUCUUCCUAUCUGUAUGUUACCAUUUGCAGCUGUCACAGCAUCUCUAGAAAGAGGCACAUUUUGGUUAUGGCACAGAGGUGUGUGGCAAUUAGGGUUGCAAAGAUUCAGAAGCUUUGGUUUGCCCUCUACAAGGGAGAGGAACUUAAAGCAAGAGAAAGAAAGAAAUUUGGGCAAAACUCCUAUGAUAAUCAUGUUGAUAAACUUCUGUGAGCAAAGAUUUAGAAUGCAUAUUCAAAAGAAGUAUUAACAGUGGUGAAUUGUAUUUAGAUUGGGUAGACUAGACUGCUGUGGUUGAAGCAUCUGGUACUGUGUUUCUCAUAACUGGCAUAAGUUUGGCUUCCUAACUUUUGCUGCUUUAUUAAGGCUGAAAAAUUAUUAUAUUCAAGGAUAUCUUAAAAUCAUUCUCAAAAGAAAUCGGAAGCGGACCAAAACACUAUGAACUUUUGAAAUGUAGCAUUAACAAUCCGCAACUAUAAGUGUUGGUGACAAAGUGUUCUGUAAAAAGGAUUUGACAGUGAAGACUAGAACUACAACAGAAUGUAUGCAGUUUUCCCCUCCCUUCUCAUGUUUCAGAAUUAGAGGAAAUAAGUGGAAGUUAGGGAAGUAACUUGGUUGACUUACUGAAAACUAAAUUUCUUGGAACUGUAUAGCUUGCAGACCUUCAAAUUUAUUUCAUCAUUGUUUGGAAAGGUUAUAUUGCUAGCAGAUAUCCAUAGCAUGGAGAGAAUGAGGGAGUAGCAUCAAGAUGGAUUAGCACUGUGAAUCUGGAACCAAGUUUACAGGAAAAUUGCAAGUAUUUCCACACUUUUUAAAAUGUGGUCUCUAUUCUGGAGGUUCUUCCUGGAGUUUCAUUGUGUUCUUGGCCACAAAUAAAUGCAAGGGAAAGGAAGAUCUUCCUUUUUAUUAAAUUGAAAUAAAGAACAAUUGAAAUACAACUCAAAUGCAUUUGGACAGAUCAGCUAUGAUUGCCAAGUCACCAUAUGUUCUUCUUUUUCAGCAAUUUUGAUCCUUGCUGAGCUGCCCGACCACUUUUUAAACCGAAUUUCAGUUUUGUAGUGCCUCCCCAACCUGAACUUCUCCUUCGUACUUAAUCAGCUUUCUAAAUUGUGGCUUAAACUUGUGGUCACAUCUUUGGGAGUUAACCUGAUUUGAAGUUUCUGCCAUCAGCUAGUUAUUUUGUACUGUUUCAAGCUAGAUGGGCUCUUGGAGAAAUGUUCUGAAGACACCACAUCUUCUUUGAGUUUGAUUCUUAAACAUUAUAGAAAGCAUAGACGUAUCCUUUUCCCACUUCAGGAAAUAGCAGGCUGUAGCAGAAGAAACUGUUGUGCCAAACAUUUAUAAAUAAUUAAGCUUUUUGCUCAAUCAGGAUUUGUUUUCCUUGUAGCCAGGAGCUGCUUCCAAAGUUACAAGAAGAAAUGGUUGUGUUUGCCUUCUGAGUCCCUCCUUGGCUUGUAACCACUUUGAAGUCAAUGCUGCUGCAUGGUUUUAUGCAUGAUGAAGAGGGUGAGCUGUCGUGAUUGUCAGUGAAUACCCUUGACUUGCACGACAGAUGCACCUGCAGUCUCAAAAUCUCUUGCGGUGUCUUAGCAUGGCUGGGGUGGGAUAAGAAGAAUUCCUGCUUUCUGAAUGAGUGAGCAAAACGGAGAGUGGUGUAUGGGUGAGAGAUGAGGAUGCCCCCAGAUUUUAGUUUAACCAAAAUGUUCUUUAGUAGCACAAUAGGAGCAGGACUGGAAAAGAUCUCUGCUUGAGAUCCCAGAGACGGUCAGUGCCUUGCCUGACUAUUGACAAUAUCUGACUCCAUAUUGUUUUUAAUAGGACUAUGUAGCUUAAUGUACCUUUAUACACUUGCAUGGCAGCUGAGGUGUCUAGGGAGGAUAAAAAUUAUACUAGCUUCUGUUUCUAGUAAGUUUUUAUGUUUCAGUGAUUCAUCAGUCGUUCACCCUUCUUUAAAAGCAUUGCUAAUCUUAAUGAUACUUUGUGACAUUUUCACAGGUUAGUUAUCUAUUGGGUAAACAAAGGAAGUGUGGGUUUAAUUCCUCUUCAAAAAGAGUGUUGACAUUCACUUUUCCUGAAUGCCUGUUUGGUCUUAAACAAAGAAAAUAGAAGCUUUAAGCAGCUUGUUGCAGGAUUGGAGCUUUAAGCUCUGGUUACAUGGUCACUUAAGUCAUUUAUUAUUAGUUGUAGCACUUCACAUAUAUAUGGGAAGAUAUAGGUCUCUAUAUAGGACCAGAUAGUUGUCUAAAUUCAGUGAGUGAAGUCUUCUUAAUUUGCUGUGGGUAUGCAACUAAAUUUGCUGUGAUUAUACUUCUAAAGGGAAGUUGAUCUCUCCAACAUGCUGGAUCGGUUCUCAUGGAGAUCUUGGAUCAAGAAGAUUUCAUAGUAGAUUUGUAAGAUUAUAAGAGACCUGAAGAUCCAUUUCUAGAUCAAGUCCUGCACUGAAUCAGGAUCCUGCUUGGUCCUUAAAACAAAAUGUAUUAUUUAAGAUAGCAGUCUGAGAUCAAUCCAGAUGAUACGGUAUAUCAUAAUAGCAAGGGCCACACAGCAAUCAAAAUAGAUGUCCACUGGAGAAGAAACAACUUAAUACAAACACAGAACAUUCAAGCAGUCAAGAAUCAUUCCUUUUUCUUCAGUCUUCUGCCCUGCACCAUCUCAAAUGCUUGGGCCAUAUAAUGGAAAAAAGUAAACAUAUAGGAAUAAUUGGAAAAAGUAGAAACACAAAAUACAGAUUAACACACACCCCACAACCCAGUAGGUUCUUAAUAUUUAAACAUCAUAACAAAUGGCAGUGAUUCUGAAAGAUCCUGGGGCUUGGGUGAAUCCUGCCAGAAGAAGGAUUUCUGCUGUUGAAGGGGCUGCUGAGAAGACAUCUUUGUCCAAUCUUGUAGUCUCCAUGCUUUCCAUAUCAAACCAAUUCCAUGCCACAAAGAUUUUGUGCCAUGCUUGUAUAUGUUGUUGGUAACCAUUGCUACAGUUUUUCAGAGGUCAUUCAGCUCGGGCACUGAAGCAAGAUUGUCCACUGAUCCAUAUAGUAUUUUCAGUUGCACAUUCACACAUUCAUUUUCAUUUGAAAUGUAUCUGUGAACUCAUUACUGCAUUUCUUUAUAACUCCUUCCACACCAUUGCCUGAGAAUUGGGGGUUUUCAAGCCCAAAACUAGAGUGUAUUUUUUCAUCAUCAUCAUCAUCAUCAUCAUCAUUAAUUAAAUUUCUAUACUUCCUUCAUCCAAAGAUCACAGGGCAGUUUACAAUAGAAAAACUCAAAAAUAUGUGCAAUAAUAACAACCAAAAACAACAACUUGCCCACACUGUAGAUAAGCUGAGCUGUAUUUAAGUGGGGUGAGUUUCCCUAAGGAGAGCUUAUUCUCAAGUCCUAACAGUGUGAUUAUAAAUUACUUUAUGUAUGAGACAUUAAUCACAGUUAAAAUAAAGUGUAUGUAAUAAUUCAAACUACGUUGAUUUUGUUUUUGUACUAAAUAUGAAAUACUAUGCAAAUUUCUGCUUAAAUUGUAUUUUUGUAUUCAACAACAUCUAUGGGGGGGUUAGUACAUGGGGGUUCUUAUUAAUAGAGUAGGCACACGAGAUUUUUUUUAAAAAAAUCAAGUUGUCUAUUACUAGUAGGGACAAGCUUCUAAGCAAUUUGGCUGGGAUGCAGAAAGCUACUUUAGGAAAACUUGGAUGUGCCAAGUAGCUUUUGGUUUGUUGAUUGCGGCAACCUGCAACAGCCCCCAAUAAGUAAUGAUUUCUUAUUUAGCCUGUGGACUGCUACUCAAGGAGCACUAAUUCAAAGUGGCCUUGAGGUUGCAGAAUGAGUUGCAAUAUCUAUUAUUCACUUGUGAAUGAUCAUAUAUUGCCUUCUUCAGCCAAAAUGUGUGCAAGUUGUUUUGCCUUUGCAAAGGCACAUGCUACAGCCUUUCUUAACUACAGUUUCCUGGUUUGUCUGAACUGGGCCACAAUAGAUAUCUGCUUUGGAACAAGCCAAGAUGUUGAACCAUGGUUUGAAGUUCCUUUAACAUUAUGAGUUUUUGCAAAGUUGGUUCAGACAACGUCAAGACAAAGUGCAAAAUUCUGUUCAUAUCUAUUACUAGAAAGCAACAGAUAGAAUGGAAUGGCACAGGGAAAAUGCUAUAGAGAUCUUCAUUUCCAUGGCAUGCUGGCCCUUGGGACUUUCCUAUUGGGGUCCUGUUUGUUUUGUUUGUUUGUUUCCUAUUGGGGUCCUUGUUCCUCUUUAGCAUAAAAUGUAAAAGUAGACUCCUGUGUAUAAUAAAAAGUAAUCAUGUUUUACUAAAGUUCUGGCCAACUGUCUGAACUUGUUAUUUCUGUUACAAAGGAAGUGUUGAGCACCUGCGUGCUAACAUGUUAAGAGUAUUUUCAAAUUCCCUCCAAAAUACUUUGUUUUGUGAGUAUAAUACUGUAGUUCUCUUAGCAAAAAUAAAGAAAAAAUUGGGUCAUAACCUAUAUACUGCCUUUUUGACCUGGUUUGGCAAAGCUGACUUUAAAAAUUCUUCUUGUAAUUGGUUCUAGGUGGCAAUAAAAAUCAUUGACAAAUCCCAGCUAGAUUCGGUGAACCUGGAGAAAAUUUAUCGUGAAGUGCAGAUAAUGAAAAUGUUGGACCACCCACACAUUAUCAAGCUUUAUCAGGUACGUAGCUGUAUUCUCUGCCAAAGCUUCAUGUUAAGGGUUUGAGUUUGUGAGAAUUAAGCCCUGUGUCCCAUGAAGUCCUGUAUUGUAAGUUUUAUCUGGUUGCUGUUGGUUGGAGUUUUUAUGUGGCAGUUUUAUAAAUCUGGCAGGUUUAUAAAUCUGGAAAUAAUUAAAAAUCGGUAUAUAUGAGAGGAGGUUUUUACUUGGUUGUUUGUGAACAAUUACAUCAGAAUGGUUUUGAAUAAGUCAUUAAUUCACAGGGACUGAACUCCCAUUAACUUGAACAGCCACAGACAAGGAAAGCUAGACAUCUGACAGAUUCCCCAGUCAGUCCAAGACCCUUGUUGACAGGAACAGGCACCCAGUAGGUUUUAGCUUAGAGUGCAGGGAAUCUGCUCAGUGUGGAAGUUUAGUCUCUUGAUGAUACUGCCUCUCUCAUAGCCACCAUAAGGCCAGGUCCAGGUGGGUCAGAAUUAUUUCAUCUUUUAUAGCAUCCUGUUUGUUAUGAAAUAUGCAAUUUGACCUGAAUGCUUCUGUGACAAUGGCCAGGUUUGCCCAUUGCAAUCAGGAGCUCCAAGUGAAUCUGAUGUCUAGUUAAAGUGAAACAGUGUGAAUGCAAGCUGUACUUGCAAAGGAACAAUUAAGAAUGUACCCUACAGUUACUGAUUGUUCCUUUCCGAGCUCAGCUUGCAGUCAGUGCUGUUUAACUUUGGUGCCAAAGGGAAGCCACCCUGUUUUUGCCUGGGGGUCAGAGUCACCUGAUGAGGUCAAAAGGGUGACCUCACCCGUUCAUCAGACGUGGCCCAUGGAGGGUUGGCCGCAAUGUGAUCUGGUUCUCUGGCAGAAAAUAGUUGCCUAUGCCUAUGUCAAACCAUAGUUAUAUUUACUGAGAAUAAGUAGCAUGCUUCUGCACCCUGCUUAAAAGUGCCCUCUUUACACUAUUCCUAUUCCUGGCCAUGCCACAUGGGGAGCAACAGACCACAAGCUAUGGCUUGUUGUGUCACCUAACCCAGGUUUGUGGUUUGUUUCUCUCCAAACUAACUGCAGGCCGUAAGCCAAGGUUUAUCCAGGAGUAGGGGAGGAGUGAAGCAGGAAUUUUGAGCUGCGUAUACAAACCCACCGCUUGCUUGCAUCUGCUAUUAUUUAAUAUGAUGUGUGAUCACAGCCAGUGAGAAUUCAAUACAGUAGUACAAUCUACAAAAUAAAUUUCCUAGAGUGGAAAAGAGAACUGUCUAAAACUGAGCUAAAGCUUUGGAUAUGGAUUUUGCUAAUGUGUGUUUUAACUGGAGAACUUUUUUUAGAAAUCUGCUUGGUUUAACCUGAUUUUGUUUUCCCCAUUAUGGUACUUGAUUUGCUCUAAACCUUGAUUGUGUGAAGAUGGGAAAUCAUUCUUUCAGGCAUGACUCCAUUGCUUUGUUUUAAUGUGUUAGCCUGAUGCUGCUAGAGUGUUUGGGUUGCUAAUGCUUAAAUCUGAACCCAAGGGCCCAUUUAUGCUACAGAUGUGACUAGUAUAGAUUUGUUUUUUAAUGUCAUUGCUUCCCCCAAAGUUUCCAGGAAGUGUUGUUUGUCAAGGUUCUGAGAACUAUUUUGUAGGCUUCCCUAGUUCUCAGCUUCCUUAUGGGACGCCAUUAAAUUUGCUUAAAAUGUUUACAUGCCCUAAACUAUUUGUUCUUCUUUGCACACACACACACCCAAUCCAGUGUCACAGGCAAGAUUUUCAUCGUAAGCACAAGUUAAGCAUAAAUUAAGUCUCCAUCAAAGCUUUUCAAAGGCCACAUGCCCUCCAUUAAACCUCACGUGUCUGAUGGCAGGGCACAUGCAGGAAUCGGUCCAAAUUAUUAUGUGAUCAAGCAUUCAUCUCUAUAUCAAAGUUAAAGCAGUGUUGUUUGUUUGUUUGGUGAACUUAGCUUUUAUUUUGAGUAGGUAGCUGUUUGAAAUGCGAAACAAAAUAUUAAACUGAACCUGAGAAUGGGCAUUCAGGUUUUGCCGUUCUAUUUUGCAUUUGGUGCCUCACAUGAGCUGAAACAUCAUAAUAGAGCAGGGGUAGCCAAUGUAGUGCCAGAUGUUGUUGGUCUUAAACUCCCAUCACCACUAGCCAUUAGCCAUGCUGGCUGGGACUUAUGGAGUCCAAUGAUAUUUGGAGGGCAUCUUGCUGGCUGACCCUUCCAUACAGUAAACGCAUAAUCAAAUAUAGAUGCUGAAUAUGUGGAUAAAGGAUACAGUUCAAGAAUGCUUCCCGAACUAUGCCUAAUGAAUUGAACAGAACUUAUUCCAGAACACAUCUGCGUGGAAUAAAAUGCCAGUAGAUUGUAUCCAAUGUAAAUUUAAACAAGAGUUUUAGUUCUGAGCCAUCUUGUAUGCUCUGUGUCCCAGUGACAUUAAUGGAUUGUUCCCAUUAAGUGUUGAUGCCUCAAGCAAAAUAGGAACCUUCCUGCUGUUUAAGAGGGAAGAUUUGAUUUAAUGAGGUCUGUCUUGUUAGUUUUAAUUUUACCAUCAGAAAUAGUCUAGUGUUUCAGCUUUAUUAAAUCAAGUCUUAAUCUUGACAGCAACCUAUAAAUCAAGGGAUACAAUUUUAAUAGUAUGAAACAAACGUGUUAUUUUGGGCUGGUUUUUUUAAAAAAUUAACCUGGAGUGCAGAAAGGAGAGUUGUUCUAGUAGUCAAAAGAAUAUAGUAACUGUUUUGUGGUCUGCAAUCUUGAUGUAAAAGUGGCUAGUUACCACCACUCAUACUUCCCCACCCCUAAACAAUCACCACUUUUCAAGAAUUCACAGUUUUUAUUAAUAAGCAACCUCUUUUUAAAACUCCCAUGCAUGUUGGGAUUGCAGGUAGAUGCUCACAGGCCAGCUAGGAGCCAAAUGUGCAUGCAAACAAGAAAUGUAUGGUGACUAAUCUCACAUUGAGCAAUAAUGAGAGGGUAUCACACUCAUUCCUAUUAUAUGCUUAUAUAAUGAUUUCAUAUUUAAAAGAGGGAAAGGAGAGUAGGCUAGGUUAAUGGCAAGGUUAAUGUGACCUUUUCCAUUUGCUUUGGACACCAUAGCAGAUAGAUCCUACCGCUUUGGGUUCCAUUUUUGUUUCUAUCUGCCUGUGAAUGAAUCAUUCCCCUCUAAGGUAGCCCCCGUUAGCCUUUCUGCAGGAAAGGAAGGCAGAAAACAUACUGACCUGCCCCUCUGUUGGACGGAGGCAUCUGGUGCAUCUCCUAGCACUGCAAGAGAGACCAGUAGGAGCUAAGUUAGUGGGGAAGCUUAGCAGCUUGGGCAGCACACCUCGCUUUUCUCCUGAGAAAGGCCACUGGGGAGCUUUCAGGUAUAACCUUGCCUCUAAGCAACCAAGAAACCUUCCUGCAAGAAGGGUGGGGAGCUUGCUGCCUUGACUUCUUUGAAGUAUCUCUCCUCCAGCAACCAAACCCUCCCAGUCUUGGAACUGGGGAGAGGGCAGAGAUAGCUGCUUAAGCAUUGGGAUGAUCCCUACCCACCUCUACAGCUUCAGAUCUGGGGGCGUGACUGAUUGCUUGUCACCCUUACCAGAGGGUGGCUGCACAGUUACCUUGGCAAUAGAAGAGGUUGCCACCUGAAUUCUGAUACCAAAAGUGUUCACUUUGGGCAGGACAUGAAACUUGAUUAUGGAAUCCAGGUUAAAUUCUGGUCAUGUUUUGUUGAUGGUGGUACAAAAUAAUGUUAUGACUUCUGGAAAUUCACUAAUACAAUUUAUUACAAUUAUUAAAAGCAUUUCUAUCUUGACUUUUAUUGGUAAGCCCAUUGGAUAUUUUAACAUUAAAUGAACUUAACAUUCAUUUAGUGCCAGCAGUGCACUCUCUGUCAUGAUGGUUUGCAAUCUGUAUUAGAUUGAGCAGAGGCAGAGGCCAGAUUUGGAAAAAGUAUUUGAAAUUCUCAGGAGAUGAUACAAUUCCUCAGCAUUAGCCCUGCACAGAGCUGAAAAAUAGUUUGCGUUCCUAGGUGCCAACAUCACAUUUUUUUGUAUUCAGUUAGGGUCCCUGGUAAAAGAAGCUUCAUAAAAGAGUAGAGAGGAUGUAUUAACUGAAAAUACAAAAAGCUAAAAUCUAUUGUAGCAUCAGAGCUAGUAGACUAGCUUUUUGCUUAGGUUUAUGUGGAUUCCUAAGAAUAUGUAUUGUAAAAUAACCAAUUUUAAAAGGAAUCUUAGUUUCAAGACUGAAAAAUCCUGAUCAGCAGUUUAGAGUUUAAGGAGAGUUAAUUCUGCAAUCUCAUUCUAUGAGCUGUUAAAAAAGUUACCAGCCAGAUAACCUAUUCGGUGAGAACUUUGAGGCUCACUUUGUGUUUUGUCUUGUUGCUCACAACAACCAGUGACAAAGCAAGGCUUAAAAGAAAGUGUCCAGGAAAAAGAUGACAAUGUAAUGAGAGGAUAAUAAGGGGCAAACAUAACUUGGAUAUGUAUGUAAAGAUAUUUGAGUUCCUUUUUUUAAUUAACAAAAAUAAUAAAAAUAAAAUAAAAAUAAAUAAACUUAAGUAGGAAAAAAUGCACAAGGAAGACUUAGCAUGCCGUGUGUGAAUGAAUGAAUGAAUGAAUGAAGAGUAGAAUGCACCAUUUGAACUUCCAAUCAUUUUUUUGUUUUUGCUUUCUUAUGUUAAUGUCCUUUGUCAUGGAACCCAAGAUGGUGUAUGUGUGGUUCCCAGGUGGCCACCCAUCCAGGUGCUGAUUUGACCCAGAGCUGCCUUGCAGACCUGCUUAGCUUCAACAGGACAGCGAUCUCAUGUGCAUUCACAUCAUACUCAUAUAGCAAGGGUAGCCAAUGAGAUGUCCUCCAGAUGCUGUUGAAUGACAACUCCCAUUAUCCCUCACCAUUGGCCAUACUGGAUGAGGCUGAUGGGAAUUGUUCAUUAGCAUCUGGUGAAGCACCACAUUGACUGUCGUAUAAUACCAAGUAGGAGAACAUGGCUGUCAGACAGGAGCAUUCCCAUUACCAGGGGAUGGGUGUACACUACUGUACAUUGUUAAUAAGGUCCCAUUUAUUAGAUACAGCUUUUGAUUUACAUUCAUGUUGCUGUUUUAUAAGAGUACUUACUCAACUUGACCUUCUCGGAGAGAAGGCCUGAAUAACAAUGAUUCUGAUAUUGUAUAAGUGGAUUCUCAUGAUUCAUCAAACUCUUGAGACCCUGUCUCCAAGAUUAAGAACACAUUGCAUUGUGGUUGUUUUUUCUCUUUUUCCCUCCCACAGUAUCUGUUAGUUUCCUUAGAGCAUCAUGAACACCCAUGCUAAGACCCCAGAUGCUAUCUAGUCUCCUGGUAAUUUAGGAGUUGAGCAAAGCAAUUGCUUGGGUGUAUUGGCUGAAGUCCUACUGCCUUUAGACUAAGUCUUAAAAUUGGUCCUGGGAAAUCUCAACAUCCUUUUAACGAACUUCAUGGCCAAGAAACAAAGACACUGUCUAGGCACUAAUUUAAGGAGCUGCUUAAUCAUACUUUUAAAUUAGAAUAUUUGUAGCAUGAGAAUAUUAGGCUUUUAAAGGCCACCUGUGAUGUGUUUUGUGAGGCAGGGGUGUUAUUGAGAAAUUUCUAGGAUUUUGUUUUUAAAAUUCUUUUCGCCUAUUAAACUAAUGUGUGAUUUUUCCAUCAAUAGGUAAUGGAGACCAAAAGCAUGUUGUACCUUGUGACAGAAUAUGCCAAAAAUGGAGAAAUUUUUGGUAAGUCUUUUCACUUAAAAAUAGCUUGAUAGUUUAUUUCAGCAGCUAAAUACUGUGAGUUGUGGGAGGAUUGUUUUCAUUCUAAAAAUAGAAGCUUUAGAUCAACUUUUUACUGCACUCACUUCUCUUUUAAAGGAGGUUUUCAUAUAAAACUAAUUCAUGAGCAUUACGUCAUCUCUUGCUCAGUAGGUUAGCAAAUAAAAUGUGUUGUAGGCCAGUUUGUCAUUUCACAAUAGUGUUAACUCUUGGCAGUUGAAAGUUGUUAAAAUAUUAGUAUAUUUCCAACCCGAAAACUGGUUUUCUUGUCUUUUCACUUAUCUAUUAUUGUUCUUAUAUGGAGUUCUUAUCAUUUAGCCUUGCCACUGAACAAAUAGAAGUUCCCCAUUUGUACAAACUGACCUGUGCUUUUGAUAAAUUUGUAAGACACUGUGUAGUGGCAGGAUUGUCUGGUCGCAAUCCAGAAACUAGCCAUGCAGCUUGUCAGGGAAAUGCUGUGGAGCCUUUAGAGACAGGGCUAUAUUCUCAAGAUGGCAACUUAACAUCCAUAAGUGAAAGUGGUAGCUUUGAAAAUAAAUUGUCCUGAAUACGUAUUGCAUAUAAAUAUUUAAAUCAAACACUUUUCAACAACAACAAAUUCAGAGCAGUUUACAUAAUAAAAUAGGGCAACAAUUUCAUUUGUCCUGUUCCUUCAGCAGCUCCUGACUUUCAGAACCUGUGGAGGAACCUGCUGGAGAUGAGGAAGGGUUUCCAUAGGGAAGAAAAUAGCCCCAUACCUUAGAAGGUUGUUGCUAAGCAGCAGGCCUGUAGGUGUCCAAAGAGGGCAGGGGCUUCUGGUUUCCUGCACAGAUGUUAUCAUUGGCCCCUGGCUCCCAGAACUCUUGGUAGAAUAAGUUUCUGGAAGUGCUGGGAGAACAGUGGUGUAAAAAGAAGUCCUCUUCUUUCCCCUACCUGCUUCCAGCAGUACCCCAAGGCUUUUUUUGAAUAAUGAUACAUAAUUUUGGUCCAGGAGCAGAGUUCAGGAACCUGGUAUAUUGGGAUAAAGAACCUGUUGACAUCUCUGGGAAAUCAAUAGCUUUUUGUUACCUUUCCUUUGGAUACUUCAUUGAUUUUAUUCUGCAUUUUAGUCAGGGAGGCAAUUGUACAUUCCCAGUACUUAAUUACUGUUGGGUCCCAGUAUCAUUAUACACAGUGAUUCUGCGGAGUCUGCCCCUUUUGCAGUUUAUACUUUGACAAUAUUUUCUCUGAUGUACAAUGACACCACCCCCAGUGUGCCCUUCCCUGUUCUUUCUGUAGAGUUUGUAUCCAGAGAUAACUGUGUCCCACUAGUUCUUUCUUAUGUCACCAAAUUUCCAUUAAUUCCCCCUAUAUCUGUGCUCUUUUUUAAUAACAAGUACUUCAGCUGGCCAAUCUUGGCUUUGGCAUUGUGUUUACCCUAUGGUCCUUUGGGAUCUUUGAAUUGCUAUCAUGUACCCUUGCACUUGAAAUGCCUAGCUCUUCUCUCUCCUUUGAGCAAUCAUGAACAUUUUCACCUUCAUCCUUGGAGGAUAAUUUGUUCUGAACUGGAUGCUGCUCAUCUGCUGUUGGCUUUCCAGUUUAAAAGAUGCUCUGCCACCUUUUCAAUUCAAAGCACCAACAGUCUCGUUCCAUCCUGGUUCAAGUGGAGUCCAUCCAUUUUGUACAAGCCAGCACCUAACAAAUCAAUAACCUUUUCCUAACACCACCAUCCCACCCAUUAAUUGAGAUUCCACCGCUGUGUAUCUUGCUCUCUGCAUGGAACAGUUAGCUCUUCUGAGAAAGCUGCCUUGAAGCUCCUGGGUUUCAUCCUCCUAUCUAGUAACCUAGAUUUGUUUUUCUAAACACCAGGACAGCAUGAUUACAGUUCCCCACAUCACCGGUGCCAACAGGCACCAUAAGCACUUACUCCUCCCCAGCACCGUCUAACAGACCAUCAAAACAACUCAUAACAUAUGCAGCCUUCACACCAGCCAGGCAAGUCACUAUGCAUCGACCCCCAUUGCUUAUCUAAUUAUGUUCCUAAUGUUCAAAUCACCCACUAAUAAGAAGGUUAUCAUCGGUGUGAGAGGAUAGCUGUUUAGACUAUCCCCCAAUCCCCGGGAUUAUUUCCUUAGAGUGACAUCUUCCUCCCAGAGACCAUUAUUCGCGGUAACAGCAGAGAAGCUUUCGCCUUGCGAAUUGGGUGCAGGUAUCACAACCCUGAAGGCCUUGGCUACUAACCUCUGGCUUUCUCAGCUUCUUCAGGUCAACCACCUUGGCUUCAGGGGAACAAAAUCAUUACCUGUGGGCCAGGAGCUUAUUGCUCUGAACACCUACCCACAACUUCAUCCAGCAGGCAGAUAGUCAUAUAGUCCCCACACUUGAUCUUUCAUAUAUAGCAAGCUUAGUUAUUGAUGCCUAUCCAUGUCUUAGUGACAGGAUCUCCUCCUAGGGAGCAGUGGGCCAGAAAUAGUUCCACCAAAGAAUCAGAGCUCAUGUUCUAGUAAGUAAGUUGUGGUCAUUGAUGACUUACAUCAUGGUAGAAAACAUGGUCUAUGUGAAUUUUCAGGAUUGGUGCUGAAUAAGAUUGUUCAACCUCUGUAACAAGAUGGCUGUCUCUUUGCUCCAUGGUUUAUUUUCUGUUGCUGUUUGCAAGUUUUUGUGGGGUUCUUUAAAACCUGAUAAAACAAAAACCUGUGAGAUAGAUGUUCUGUUGUGAGCACACAUUUGAGUCAGGGUAUCUGUUAUCACCAACUGAAACUCAGAAAACUCUGGUCAUUAUUCAGUACUGAUUUAAACUUAAAAACAAGCUCUCUGGAAACCAAAUGUUCUGGCAGUGGUGGUCUUAGAAGAGACUAGGUGAAUUUGAAACCAUGCUUAUUUAUUUUAUAAGGUGCUUAUUUAAUUUCUAAAAUGCUGAUUGUCUCUAUGUGAAUCCUGCCUAUCUGACCUAGAAACACUUUCCCAUCAUUGCCUUAUUCCAGAUGUAUGAGGGCAGAUUGUUGUUAGUGGUAAGAGAAAAGCACUGCAUAGGUUCAGGAAUACUGUAUUAUUUUGCUGGAUUUUUAUUGCAGCAGUAUAGGCUUAAAUGGAGCACUAGUUGUACAAGAAAGUUAUGGAAGCUCUUAGGGGAAAGAUGUUGAAGCAUUCUUUUGAGCUGGCUUUAAUCUACUUAAUCCACCUUCGUGUGUGGUGGCGGGAUAGGAUAACCCUUUGGGUGCCUUCCAGACUUCCAUUUGGUUUGGGCAAAAAUAUGGCAGAUGAUGGAUGAUACAGCUAAAUGAAACUUCCUCAUAUGCCAUGUAUCUCAGGCAUGCGUUACAGUACAAUGCUUCCAAGCCCAUGGUUUGAAUAAUGAAUAAUUGUGCGUUAAAAAUUGCUGCAGAUGGAGUGUUCUGGGUAGCUUCAAUUUCAGAGCAGCAUUUUUGGUUUACUAGAGCCAGUGUGGUGUAUAGCUGCUGGAAUGUUGGAUGAAGAUCUGGAAGACACAAAUUCAAGUCCUCACACAGACAUGAAGGUCACUGGUAAUCUUGGGCCAGUUUGCCAUCUCUCAGCCUAGCCUAUCUCCCAGGAUCGUUGGGAUAAAAUGGUGGUUGUUGGAAAACCCAUGUAUGCCACCUUGAGUUCUUUGCAAGUACAGAUAAAAUACAAGAAAUACAAGAAGCAGAGAUAAAAUACAAUAAGGAAAUAAAUGAGAGCUCUUCUGGGAAAGCACAAUGAUAUGUGGCAAUUUUAUUUAUAGUCUAUUGUCAUAAUGUUCUCCCUGUUAGAUGUAACCAUUUACAGUGGUACCUCAGGUUACAAACACCUUGGGUUACAAACACUUUGGGUUACAGACUCCACUAACCCAGAAGUAGUAUCUCGGGUUAAGAACUUUACCUCAGAAUGAGAACAGAAAUCGCGCGGCGGCAGCGGGAGGCCCCAUUAGCUAAAGUGGUACCUCAGGUUAAGAACAGUUUCAGGUUCAGAAUGGAUCUCUGGAACGAAUUAAGCUCAUAACCAGAGGUACCACUGUAAAUUGUUCACACCAGUUUCUGCGUAGCCUAAAUUGGGAGAAUUUCAGUUAUACCUUUCAUACCUCCACAGCAGGAUGGGGUAAACUCCAGGAGUCCCUUGCUGGUUUUGAGGAUGUUGUGGUAUUGUACUCCUUAAAUAUCCUCCAAUAUGGCAGUGUGGCCCUCUAGAUCCUAUCCCUGACCAUUGGCAGUGCUGGCUGGGGCAGAUGGGAGUUGGAAUCCAUCAAUGUAUAGAGGGCCAAAGAUUCCGCACUCCUCCUUUAAAGGUCAAAUCUUACUGUGCAUACUUGUGUUAAGUAUAUAUCACAUGCUUCUCUGGCAUAGUAUGGAAGGCAGAAUUCCUUGGUUCUGGCUCACUACGAGGAAGGUAGCCUGGUGUGUAGUACUCCUUGUUUCUGUGCCCUUAAGUGUGAAAUGUGAGCAAGUCCCUGCUGUCCUUUCUUUGCAGUUUGUAUCGUCAGUGCUUAGCAGAAAAUCCCAUGGGAGGAAAUUCCAGUUUGCAAGGACAAAGCCCGUGUUCUUUUACUUUUGAUCAGUUUCUCUUUCUGCAGUGGUGGUAGUUAGAUUAUAUCUGUGUAGUGUAAAUGAGAUUUCCUGUAAUUCGAGGGUGCGGAACCUUUUUCACUCAAAGGCUGCAUUCCCUUGUAGCCAGCCUUCUAGGGGGAGCGUGCCGAUGGAGGGUGGACCCCAAAGUGGUGUUGCCAAAGUGGGCAGGGCUAACGCAUACAUCCACAAAGCCUGUACCCCUCAUUCAUUUUUUUCCUCACCCACACUUCCAUUCACUAGGUGUACAACUUCCCACCACCACAAAUAUGGUUGGAAGUCCCCCCCCCCCCCAAGUCUAAUUGCAGUGUGGGUGCAUUUUCAGUGUAGAAGUCAUAGGCCAACCUUUCCCUCCCCGACUGCAGCCCAUCAAAUGUAUUUCACACCAAAUACAGGUUUCAAGAAACCCUCCUGUUGGGUUCAGUUGGUGGUGGGGCAGUGAGGGGACGUUCUGGACCAAGUCUGGAGUCUCUGUGCGCCAGUGGUUCCUCAUCUCUUCUGUAACACGGUAGCAAUUAUAUUUAAUGAGGUUAAGUACCAAUAAUAUGGGGACGCGGGUGGCUUGCCAAUUGGAAGGUCUGCGGUUCGAAUCCCCGCAAUGGGGUGAGCUCCCGUUGUUCGGUCCCAGCUCCUGCCCACCUAGCAGUUCAAAAGCACGUCAAGUGCAAGUAGAUAAAUAGGUACUGCUCCAGCGGGAAGGUAAACGAUAUUUUCGUGCACUGCUCUGGUUCGCCAAAAGCGGCUUAGUCAUGCUGGCCACAUGACCCGGAAGCUGUCUGCAGACAAACGCCGGCUCCCUCAGCCUAUAGAGCGAGAUGAGUGCACAACCCCAGAGUCGUCCGUGGCUGGACUUAACGGUCAGGGGUACCUUUACCUUUACAUUUACCAAUAAUACUGUAUUUCUAUAAUUGCUGAACAUCGUGUGAAUGUUCUUAGCCAGCUGCAUGUAUACAAGUAGAAAGGAGCAAGGCAAUCAGUGUGAAGGGAGAUAAUGCCUUUGUGUUUUCAUUUUGCCCCUGCAAUGUUUCAAUCAUGGAGGUGUUGGAAUGGUAUCUUAUGAAGUACACUGAAAUAAACUCUCUUGAAUAAGGUAACAAACUUGAACCUUUUUGAUUUAAAAAAUUGCAUAUAGAUUCUAAACUAACAACCAUGCAACCAAUUCCUCAUAAAAUACGACUUUAGACUUAAACAUAAGACUUUUUGUACAACAACAGCACCCCAAUCAAAAAUGUCACUUGCAGGUCCUUUGGCACAUCUGAAGUUGUUCUUUGGAUCAUGAUACUUAUCUCUCAAUUUUAUUAUAACUCGCCUUUAAAAAUCUAUGAAAAAGCUCACUUUCAAUACCGUAUCCAAGGAAUGGCUUAAUAAGCUGUAUAUGCUGGCAGUUGUAUCAUAUCAAAUUAAAUACACCCCCCCACACACACAAAUUCUCUUUACACACAGGUGUAAUUUUUUAAAUUAAAAAACUGUUGGUAGGGUUUAUUUUUUUCAUUAGGCAAAGAACUGGAUACAGUGGAGGUAACUAACAAAAAGCUGUUCAUCUUUUUAAGAAUAAGUUAUUCUUUAUGUAUCUCCUGCAGAUCAAGAAUGUAGUUACAUCAUCCAGGAACUGGAUAGAAUCAGAAUUCAUUCCAGAAAUCGUGACUCAAAAUUGGCUUCAUGUCUAGAACUAUUUGCUUGCUGAUCUACGUUAGACGUUUUAGAAAGGGCAAAGUGACACUGCAGCAGUAAGGAGAUAAAAUCAUUGUUAACUUACUGUCACUAUUAUAAUUUGUAGGCACUUGGUGGUGAUUCAAGUUGUCAAGGGUGAGGAAGGGCCUAGCUUGGUAGAAAGCCCGUUGGUUGCCAAGAAGAGGAGCUAGAAUAAAGUUCACUGGCUUGUGGUAAUGAGACCUCCAAUGAUUGGAGAACAGAGGAGGUGGUGGCUGGCUGAUGAUGCCAUCUUGUUUGUUUAGUGGCUUGGCUUUUAAGUGAGGCUGAACUUGCAGCAGUUUGGUUUUUUUUAAGUCUGUUUUAGUCUGUCUGUAUUUUCUCUAAAACUUUAUCGUUGAGCUGUGCUUGUCAGUGCCCUGGUCAGUCAAGUGUCUACUAAAAGUUUGUGUAAGAGCCAAAAAGGAAAACUGGUGUUGAUAACAAGACAGCGAAUAAAAAUGAAAUUGCCUUUUGCAGGCAAAAGACUUCCUUGUUUUCUGCCGUGUAUUUAAUUGGGCGAUUUAAAAGAAAAUAAAUUUGCCAUAUAUAACCAUUGAAAUGCAGCCCUACUUCAUGUCAUGUAUUAAGUACAGUACUCAAAACUACUGCUUAGCUUUCUGGCUUUUGCCAUUGCAACUGGACACUUAGACAUCUGUAUAGUCAAUAAUCUUUGUACAUUUGCAAAGGGUCUUUUAAACAGCAUCAUCUGUUUCUUAAGUUGACCUCAAUGUCUCUCCAGCUCUUCUACCUGCAACUUUAAAAAAUCAUUUAAAUCUCUUCCUUUGCUGCCAAUCUUCAGUCAUCUGAUAAUUAUAAGGAGUCUGUUCUGCAGUAAUGUAUCAUCAGAUCUAUCCAUCAGUGUUUGGCUAUUUCACUUGGGAGAAGAAACCUACAAAUUGCCAUAUUCUAAAUACACCUUCUGCUAAACAUAAGAAGAUAUGAAUCAGACGAAAGGCAUUCUUUUCUCACAGUUGCGAAACAGAUGCCAAUGGGAAACCUACAAGUAGGAAAUGAGCAUUAUAGCAUUCUCCUGCAUAUGAUCCUCAGCAACUGGUAUUGAAAGCAGUGUUAGAAACUCAGAUAUAUAAGCUAGGCACCAAACCAAGGUUACAGUUUCCAAAACGGAAAGUCUACUUGCCAUUUUGGGGCAAGAUGGCUCUUAAGUCUUCUUUUUCAAAUGAUGGACUGGAUGUGAUUGAUUAUCAGUUAAACAUCUGGCUGGUUCAGAUGACAAUUUUGAGCUAGAUUAAGAACUUUGAGGACUGAAAGAAGAAAAGUCACAUUAUCUAGGGACAGUCCACAUAUAUAUUGGCCUAUUCCUGCCUCUUUUUCUUAAUGAUGACACACACCAUUCAUAAGAAUAUCCUUCACAACUGUGAGCACGGCAGUGCGGUGGGGUAAGUGAAGACAAGCUACAACAGUUGACUAGAAUGACAUUCGCUGCUGCUGCUCAGUCUGCACAGAAAAGCAUUUUUGGUUCCUGAAAUCCAUUCUGAUCAUCCACAUAAAAUAUAACUGAUAGAAUUCUACAGGAUGGGGUAUUAGUGUGCAAAAACAGUCAAGAUCCAAUGAUCCCCAGGCACGCACCUCCGGAUGGUGGAGAUAUCAGGUGCCAUACAGGUGCCCAGGCAUCUUCACUUGGUUGCAAGUGGUCAGUAGCCAGGUGCAAAAUGCACCUGGCUAAUUUUGGACACUAAUUCAAAGGCAUGUUGCCUCUGACAGUGGAAGUAGGGAACAUAGCUAUCAUGGCUGGUAGUCCUUGACUGCUUCUUCUCUGUGAUUUGUUUAAUUCCCUUUUAAAGCUCUCCAAGCUGGUGGCCAGCACUAUAUUUUGUGGUAGCAAAUUCCAUAAUUAUUCAAUAGCUUGGUUAUUUGGUCAUACAAAUGAGGAAACCAUGAGAGGGGUGUACAUGAAGCAAAUGGGCAAGGAAUAUAUGAGGUCCCAUUUAUGUGGUUUCCCCCAUUACUCCAAAUGAAAUUUAACCAAUACUUGUUUGCUAUGGUUAUGCUGUUUUUAUACAAUGCCCUCAGGGUCAGAAUGGUCAACUUCAUUCCCCAUCAGAAAUCCUAAGCAUGUCAGUCUCAUAAGACAUUGAAUUGAGUCUGAAUAAUACUGUGAUUGUGCUGUUACGGACUUAAAACUUAUUUUACAGUGUGAAUCCCUGUUGACAGCGGAACAUGUUGCUUUUGGCCAAGAUUCAGAGCAGAGAAUUUCUGUCCCCAGCUUUGCUUUUACAAGUGGUCUGUAGUUGGACUGUGCACAGCGCUUUUUAAAAAAUAAAGAACUAGUAAAGCAACAUGUCCCGCUGCCACCAAGACUUCAUUGAAAUAGGGAUAUUUCUUAGGUGCAUAGUUAUCUGAAAAGAAGUUAAUUGCGACUAUGAAACCGUCCAGUUUAACUGCUUAUUGUAUCCAUUAAUCAUAGUGCUAAUUACUUUUAUUGCUUCCCACAACUGAGUGACCUGAAGUUAUUUCUAAGAAUAAAAUACAGUAACACAGUAAAAAAAGGAAUAAACGUAAUCAGAGUAAAAACAUCAGAUCAGAUAUAUUGAGUUAAACCAGCCUGCCUUGAAUAUUUAAAGAUGUCAUUCCUACUCCACAUUAACAUAAUCAGAAUGAAAACUGGUAUCGUCAUGGUCCAGAAAUUUAUGUUAGAAAACAUAGCUUGCAGUGUUUUUCAGUUUUAGGGAUACCACCACCAAACAUUCCCAGACCUUCAGAUUGUCAUUCAGUACCUGGGAAUCGUGUUCUGGGGUUCCUAAGUCAGCCUCCCAUUUUAUGUACAGUGAGGGGGGAAAGUAUUUGAUCUCCUGCUAAAUUUGCCCUUUUGCCCUCUGACGAAGAGGUGACCAGUCCAUAAUUUUAAUGGUAGGUUUAUUCUAGCUGUGAGAGACAGAAUAACAACAGGAAAACCCCCAGAAACCCAGAAGACAAAAGUCAUAGAUUGAUGUGCAUUAUAAUGAGUGAAAUAAGUAUUUGAUCCCCUAUCAACCAGCCAGAUGUCAGGCUACCUGGUAUCUUCACUGUAUGUAAUGAGCUGAGAUUAGAAUACUUUUUUCCCUCACUGUAUGUAUUAUGUAUGUAUGUAUGUAUUUCCCACCUUCGCCCUAAUGUCCCAGGGCAGGUUGUAGCAUUAAAACGCAAUAUUAAAAACAAUUUAAAACAACAUGCAGCCAAAAACAUACAUCCCAAGUAUUAAAAGCCAGGGUAAAGAGCUGCAUCUUCAGCAUUCUUCAAAAGCUGUAUAAUGAAGGUGCCAGAAACAGAUUUGUGGGGAGAGCGUUCCACAGCUUAGCAGCCACCAGUACAGAAAAUAAAUAGAUAAAAACAACUUUCCUCUUCUUCCCAGGUGAUGAUUAUCCUUUUAUCUCACUUCCUAAUUCCAGGUCCCCAAAAAAUCUAAUUAGUGAAACUAGAAGAUACUUGACUUUCCAAAUGCCAUACAUAGCUAAUCUUGAAAUACCAAAACAGCAAAGGGCUUUCACUUUGGCCCAUUGUCAGGCCCUCUCUUCAGCAAUUCAGGAAGGCCGUUAUAGGAAAAUACCAUAUGAGGAGAGGAAAUGCCCAUGUGGCUCUGGGCAGCAGGAAACAACGGAUCAAUGCCAGUAUUACCGUAUAUAGACAUUCGAGCCAGGUUUAUCCAGCCCAUCCCAUAUAGAUUCCCAGGGUGAUCAGAACAACGCAACAUCUCCUUAUUACUACAGGACAAAAGCCCACAAGUCACAUAUUCAGUCGCUAGAUUCUGUAUAGCUGUUUUAACUGGUCUUUUUAAAUUCUUCUUAUUAGUUUUUAUUCACCCAUUAUUUAUGUUUAAUCAAGUAUUCUAUGUAUAUGUUUUAAUCUACAGUUGGUUUUUGCUCCCAUUUAUUUAAUAAUUAUUCGCUUAGAUUCAUACUAUUUAUUUAGAUGUCUUGCUUAUGCUGGUCUGUGACCGAAUAAAGUAAAUUCAAUCAUUCACUUCCUAAUUCCUUCCAUCUUACCCUACUAUCCUCCCCCACCAAGUUUUUGGUGCUUGCAUUGACCCAGCCAGAAGGCUAUGGCAUGACCAGGAAAUGGAGCAGGCACAUGAGGAGGUACUCUACAGGCAGUAGCACUGAGGCCCACCUGAAAAUCUUGGCCCACAAUUUGAAAAACACUUUGUCAGUUGAUGUGCUUUGCAAUAUUGGCUUAUUCCAAAUUCUUCCACAUGUUUGACUACUCCACAUAGGAGCGUGCUGCUGAUACAGGAAACUGUCUUGCUUCCAAGUGAAAGGCCUCUUUGUUCCAGCUAUUGUUCUCUCUAACGUCUGAGGAGAUUUCUAGUUUCUGCCGAAUUACCCUAAAUAAAACUACAUAAGGAAGGUGAAAUGUGCCUGUAAUAUAAGUGUUAAGCAGCAGCAUUGAGGCUUCUAAAGAAUAAAAUAUUAGGGAAAAGAAGUUUAGAUGCAACAAACCAACUAUCUGGUUUAUACAUAACAGGGUGUUAUGGUUUGUUUAAGCCAUCAUUUAUUUACAUACCACAAGUUAACCACAAACAAACAAACAAACAAACAAACAAACAAACAAACAGUGGCUUGAUUCUCCAGACUUUACUUUCUAGCUGCUAUUGCUUCAUGCCUUUGGAGUUUAUUAAGUGUCAUCGGUGGUCACAGGGCACUGGGUUCAAACACAGUGCCAAACCAUAGUUAAAAUUGAUCAGGCCCUGUUUUGGCGCAGAAGCUGCUUUGGUUGCCCUGUAUGUUGGGAGAGAGAUAGGGGAAAUUUGUCCUUGCUAAUUCUCCUCAACAAUAUACUAUGGCUUCAGAUUGUGGUUUGUUGGCUGUAAACAAACCAUGGUUAAGCUGCUGGGCAGGGUUCGUACAUAACACUUGUUGUAACUUGUUGGCAUCCGUCUGUCUUGAGAAACAAUGGAAGAGUGCUAAUAAGCCAGGCCAAAGGAAGGUGCAGUCGCUGAUUUUCGAGUGUAAAGUUGGAAAAUGUACAUAUCAAGUACAGUAUUUCCUCUUUGUACUGAAUUUGUUUAUUUUAUUUUUUUAAUCUUACAUACCAUCCAUCAGAAGGCUGCAGGUUAAGUGUAUGACUAAACAUGGUUGCUAGAGGUUUGCUUCGUGUUUCCCCCUUAAGAUGUCUUCCCCGCCUGCAUAUAUUGGUAAAUCGGCUCUUUCACUUGGUCUUACAAUAUCCCUAAUAAGCAAGCCGUCAUCCUUGGAGAAAAGCUGCAGCUUAAAUUAUUAUCUUGCAGUCGGCUCUUCCAAAUCUCCUUAAGAGCAAGGUCCAGCUGGUAUGUAAAAAUGCCUGUGGUGAGCAGUAGCUGUUUGUCAUCAUCACCUUCUAGUUGGCUUCUGUCUAAAAUCCUGUUCAAUUGUACUUGUAAUACAAGUUAACACCCAACAGUUCUAUCCCAGCUGGAAAUUUUAUAUAUACUACUGAAAGCUGAAAAGCACCAACAGCAUUUGGAAGCUUGGUUUCCUAAAGCAAAUGGUCAGGCUAGGUUUUAAUUGCCUUGCAACCUCCUUUAGCAUCAAUCUUUGCUAUGCCUUCAUCACAGCCUAACCUAUAGUUCUGCCUUUGUCCCUGUCUGUAUUUUAAUGUUUCUGUUUCUGGUGUAUCAUCUAAUGCAUUAUAGAUGCUAAAUAAAUGUAUAUUGGUGAUUUUAGGCAGGAACCAUACCCCAGAACAGAACAAUUCUGAUACAGGAACAUGAUGUAAAGUUGGAGUGUCAAACAUCAGCCUGUUUAUCUGGCUCUUUAGUGUCCCCAGUAUUUAUUUCCUUUUAAAAUAUUUCAACUCUGCCUUUUGGCCCAAAGACCUACAAAGCAGCUCACAAUGCCAAUGAAAGCAGUCUGCAAUAAUAAAACAUAAAGGAUAAAAUGAGAACUGGAACAGAAUUUCGCAGGACAGAGUCAUGACAUAAAAGACAAGGGAAACUAAUGAAUUGCAGUGGAGUAAAAAGAUCUUAAAUGCUUAUCUGAAUACCAAUAAUAAGGUGACUAAUUAGACUCCUGGUGGAAGAGAAUUCCACAACCUGUGGGCAGUGUACAAAAUUUGACCAGGCGCCAGGCACAUUUUGCACUUGGCUAUUGGCAACUUGUGACCAAAUGAAGAUGCCCUGGAGUCAGGAUAGAGGCAUAUGCUUGGGAUCCUUGGAUCUUGACUGUUUUCACACUAACAAGACAUCCUGUAGAAUUCUACCCCUGAUAUUUUAUCUGCACUAACCAGAAAUAAUUUCAGGAACCAAAAAGUCGUCUGGCCCCAAAAUGGAAACUAGAAAUUUGUUUUGGUGACUGUAGACCUGGUUUAAGGAGUCAUUUGAUGCCUAGCUUAUAUAUAUGAGAUUCUAACACUACAGCGAAAGUGCUGGUCCUGCAUCCUGGCCAGUUCAGCAGCAUGUAGAGGAAGAUGACAAACUCAAAGAGUGGGCUGGUCUAUGUGGGAAAAGACAGCCAUUUAACAUUGUCUAUGUAAUCAUGUAGCACACCAAUGGAAAACCUUUUUCAGCUCAAGGACUGCAUUCCCUUCUGGGAGCCCCAUGCCAGUAGGGGCAAAAGUGGACACAGCAAUUAAUAUACAUUUACCUUUGUACAGUACGUUAACAUGUGCCUCUCUUUGCUCCAUUCGGACAAGCAGGAGGCAUCAUCAGAAUGCAAGGACACAUUCCAGGCAGGCAAAAAUAUUUCAGUUGAAAGUAAGGAAAAUAUAUUUGUACAGGCUCUGCAGCAUCAUGCACAAGGUCCAGAAAUCAAGAUUCCAAGGUACAUGAGCAAGGCAAGAGUUUCAUAACUGAAUGGAAGCUAUGGAGAUACCCUAACAGUUGACACUCCCCACCCAGCAUGCAGGACUCUCCUGCCCUAUGAGCAUAGCUGUCAACUUUCAGAUUUGAAAAUAAGGGAUCAGCAGCCUCGAAAAUAAGGGAUCAGCAGCCUCACCUGUCCCGGGGACAGUCUACGGGAUAUCUAACAAUCCGGGAUAGCAGCGGGAAGCAGCGGAAAACGGCGCUGGAAUAAGGGAAUUUCCCGCAAAAAAAAGGGGGAAGGUUGACAGCUAUGCCUAUGAGUCUGCUACUUGCAAGCAUACACACUUGCUCUGGGUGUGUGCUUCCGAUGUCACCUGAGCAUGGCAGCUGGUUCUUGAUGCCCCUCUGCCCCCAGCUCUUGCCACCUCCUGUUCAGCACCGCCCCAAUGAGUCUCUGUGCGUGGCAGAAGGGGCGGGGGAGAGAGCUGGCAGAUAUGCUUCCUCCUCUGACAUCUAUAGACAUAAGGGGAGGAACUCGGCUCCUUCCUCCUGCGUCUCUGGCUGCCAAAUCAUGCCAGGAACUGCUGGAACCAAGAGGCUCAUGUCAUGCCUAAUAAUGACCUGACUUGACCUGGCUUCUCCAGGAAAUCGCACAGCUGAUGCACAAGCUAAAGCGGUGCGAAGGGACUCUUAAUACUGGCUGUGACAUCCCUGCUACACACUACAUAUUUCAAGCGCUUUCAGGACCAAGAAGCCACAAACAGCAGGCCUGAGUGCUUCAUCACAGGUGUAGAAAAUACAACAGUGUAUUGUGGAACCUUCAAGACUUAAGAAUUUUGUUGCAUAGUUUCUAGCCCAGGAAAGCUUAGGCUGUAAUAAAAAUUGUUAACUUUUAAGGUGCCACAAGACUGUGUUGUUUUUAUUGCUACAGACUAACACAGCUGCCUGUGUGGAAAAUGUAGAAAUGGCCCUAACAUGACUGUUUGAACUGCCAUAUGUACUUAUUAGAAGCUUCAGUCUACAGGACGGCCAGGGUGGCUUGCGUUGUAGAGAGGCAGAUAGUGGCCUAGCAGUGGAUCCUCUUUCAAAGACAUUAUUUCUUCCCUAACUUGGCAAUGUUUUCACUGCCUGGGGUAUAGGCAAGGAAGUAAACAUUGGCAGGGGGCAGUUGGUGGAAUCAAGAAGAGGACUUUGCAGAGCUGAGGUUCAUCUAAUCGAGUAAAAAUUGAUAUUUUUGGUGAAAAAGUACAGAUGCAACACUUAGACAUUUGCUUGGUGGGAAAAUGGACAUUUCCUAUCUUUCGCAUCCCCUAAUGCAAAGUUUGUGUCUGAUAAAUUGUGUGGUCUUCAUAGCUCAUCUGGUGAAUGGAAAAGGACACAAUAAGCAAAAAAUGUGAGGGUUCAAGGAAAGAUGCUUUUCUGACAGCAUGUCAAUGAACUAAUCCUGUCAAAAUUGCCCUGCUUAGUUUGAGGCUUCCCAAACCUGUCGCUAUUGAGAAAUUAAAUUUUCUAGGCCAGCUCCGUUUGGCCCACUGCAAUUACAUAACCUGUUUGACUAAAAUCUGUAAGUAAAACCAUUAAUCAGAUCUUACGAUGAGAUUAUUACAAACAGAAGCAGGGCUUGCAGCCAUCAUUACAUCAUCUCCCUUCAUUUACAUUAAAAGCAAAUGCUUUUUGUGUGGAUUCAUCUGAGCUUUUGUGCAGGGAAAUUCCUGUCUUGGUAUUAGUAUCAGAGCCCUGUGUUUAUACAAUGCUGCUUAUAAAAGUGUAUUUUUCAAGCUAGAAUGCCCAUGUCUAGUUAAUUAAAGAGAAUUUCUAUUCCCAAAAUAUGUGGCCAGGGAAAGAGAAUUUCUAUUCCCAAAGUAUGUGGCAGAUAUAUUUUUCCAAAACGUUUUCAAAGGCAAUUUUAAAUAAUUAGCAUUAAAAAAAACUUGUUAAAUUCAAAAUGUACUUCACUGUGUAUAUAGACAAACAUCAUUAAUUCAAAUUAAUUCAAGUCACCAUUAUGUUAAUCAUCACAACCUGUACCAUAAUGCUAGGAGUUUGUUGCAUAGACUUCAUCAAUGAAGGACCCCUGACUUGCUUCCUCUUUGUAGAAGGCUCUCUGAUCAUGUCAGUUCAAUAAAAUAUUUCUGACAAUCUGUACAAAUAAGCAAAACACAAGCAAUAAGCUUCUCUGUUAAUAUACAAUAUGAGCAUCAAUUAUGGAGAGCUGUAUCGAGUUUGAUGUUUUAUUUAUCUUCUCUGUCCACUGUUGUAGAUUGGUAUUAAGCAACAGUUCAUGGGUUUUUUUUUAAAUGCUAAUCAGAAAUAGUACAUCAAUAAAGCUGAUGUAGUUCCCGUAACUUCCUGGCUCCUUCUCAGUGAAAUAAAUAUUUGUUUACUAAAAGGUAAAGGUAAAGGACCCCUGACAAUUAAGUCCAGUCGCAGACGACUCUGGGGUUGCAUCUUGCUUUACAGGCCGAGGGAGCGGGUGUUUGUCUGCAGACAGUUUUUCCAGGUCAUGUGGCCAGCAUGACUAAGCCACUUCUGGCGCAACCAAACACCAAAACCAGAGCAGCGCAAGGAAACGCCGUUUACCUUUCCGCCGCAGCAGUACCUAUUUAUCUACUUGCACUUUUUGUUGUACUUUCGAACUGCUAGGUUGGCAGGAGCUGGGACUGAGCAAUGGGAGCUCACCCCAUUGCGGGGAUUCGAACUGCUGACCUUUUGAUCGGCAAGCCCAAGGCUCAGUGGUUUAGACCACAGUGCCACCUGCGUCCCACUUGUUUACUAACGUGAAAAUAGUAUGCCCACUUUGGGUAUUCCAGUCGUAGGUAUACCAAACUGUAGUUGGUUAGCGGAAACACAGAUUUAUUUCUUUUUUAAUCUUCUUGAAAAACAACCUCUGGUCUGCUGCAGAUUAAUCUUUUCAAAUAUUUCAAGUGGGGAAGAGCUGUGAUCGAGCAUCUGCUUUGCAUGCAAAAGACCUCAGGUUCAAGUCCCUGGCAUCUGCAGGGAUGGGUGAAAGAGACCCUUGUCUGAAACCCAGGAGUGCUGCUACCUGUCAGUGUAGUAGACAACCCAGAGGUAGAUGGACUGAUGGUCUGACUGGAUAAGGCAGAUUCCUGUGCUCCUGUGUGUUUAUUAGUUGUUGCUUAAAACCCCUAAAGGAGAUCUUUGUGUGUGUGUGUAUACAUACACAUGCAUCCGUUUUUUUCACUCUGCUUGACCUUGGUUCUCUGCCUGUUCUUAUGACCAGGGGACAGAGUGGGGGUGAGGAAGCAAUUGGUUUGAGCAUUGCAAGUUGUACUAGGUCUAGGCCUCUGCAGAGAACCUUGACCUCAGGAGAACCUGCUCCUUAGAGCAAUGCUUCCUUCACUUCUAGGUUAUUGCUGAAGUGCUGAACCAGGAAUACAAGAAGCUGCUACACAACCACACCUUUGCUCCCUUGAAAAAAAAACUGCACAGGAUAUCAGAGUAGGCAAUGGUUAUUUAGCAAAGAUGUGUCACAUGGCUGGUGUGUAUAUGUGCUCUCUGUGUAUGUUAUUUCUUGGGAAAGAGCAGGAUUUAGUGCCUGCCACCACAUAGGUUGACUUAGGUAAUUUGUCUUUGCACCUUGCAAAAUAACACCUCCAUGCAAAGAAAACAAGAACUUUAAGUUGUUCGAAAGAAACAACGAAUGAAUCUUCUUUCAUUUGUUGAAAGCUGAAGGCAGCGAUGAGUAGUGCUGUUGACAAAGCUCUUUGUCGUGUCUUACAGAGUGAGCAGAGAGAGAAUUAAGGAAACUUUCUGAAGUAGUCAGCAAAUUAUUGCUGCGAAGCUUGAGAUGUGUCCAUGGCGAUGCGAACAAUUUAUUCAGCAUAAUGCUGCACAUGUUGGCCUUGGUUUUGCUUUGAAAUUCUACAAGUAGAAUACUUUUAGUUGUAAUUUAUUGUGUAGGUCCUAUUAUUAAGAGAAAGUCAGUUAAGAUGAUUCAUUAAGGAAACUUUAGGUAUUUGAAAGAUGUACUAUAUAAGCUUUAUACUUGUGGUUGGCAAAACAGGUGAGCAACUUGCAUAACACGACUAGAUACCCCACUUCAAAAGGACUAGCCCCCAAUCCACAUUUCUUUUUCAGUAUAUUUGAUACUGUUUCUUGUAGGACUAAUGUAACUUGCCAGCAUCUCACAUUGCAUUAAACCAGCACUUUUAUAGUGUAAACCAUUGUUUGCUUUAAACUGUGGUUUUAGUGUGACAUGGAAGCCAGGUCAGUGUUUUCACUUGCUGUGUGUGUUUUAUGUCAGGGUGGCUUCAGUCCCUUCUACCCACAGGAGCAUAAAUAAGGGUGGCUCUAUCAAAAAUAUCUAUAUAAUGGGGGAAGACAGCACUUUGUGUAAUGUCACACGUACAUAUCAUGAUUAUGUGCAUAUUUAUCAGGUUGGAAGUUCAGCUCAAUUCAGUAGGAUUCAUAGGUUUUGCAUCCGUUCAGUGUCUGUAAUACAGCUACUCUGUUUAGUGAAUAAUUGGGCAUAUAUGUCCAAAACAAGACUUACUAUAGUUCUUUUGAAGCCUUCCUUUUCUCAUGCACUUGCAGUAGUCACCAUCUACCCUGUUGACCAAGCAGAAACCCUUGGCUCCUUCCUUUAAAUCCCCUCUCUUUUUUGCUCUCCAUAUCUAGUCUGUUACGUUGUGUUGCUUCCCUUUGCACAGCCUUCCAAAACUACUACUGCCCUUUCCUCUCCUUCCUCCUCAGGGAAAACACUGGCUCACACUUCAUUCAUAUUCCACCUGGUCAACUGCAACUUUCUCUUUGCCCUUCACUUGUCAUGUCUCAGCCCUAGCCAGAGCUCUACCGCCAAAAUAAUUUCUCUUGUCAAUCAAACCAUGUGACACCUCUCCCUCAAUCUGAAUGCUGGCUUGCUAACACUUCUGGCACAAACUCCUCAUACAUACUUACAGCCCCCUGUGGCCUUGACCCUCCUCUCUCUCUGCCCUUGGGUCCAAGUGUAUAUCUGCCAUUGUCUAUGACCCACCUUUCCUGGGAAGCCAUUGGGGGUUUUCCUCAGCCCCUGCUGUAUUACAAAUACAUGUAACCAAAUGGCAUGCAUCCUUCCCUUGUUUACACUCACCUCCAUUAUCCACCCCUUGAUAUAUUGUCUCUCCUAUGUUGAACUUCCAGAUUGCCAGCCCUUUUAGAUUGCCAGGGAGCUGCCUUUUUGAUAACCUGCAAAACACCGUGGCAUUAUCGUUUCACCUCAAAUACUGAGCGCUAAGCAGAAGGGAACAUCCGUAGAUACCAUUUUCUUCCAGUCCAUCACAUUAACAGUAAACUGAUGAACAGACGUUUUAAAAAACUAAUGCCCUGUGGGAUAUCUUGUGCUUUCAGCAUUUCAUCCCUUCUCUUCUCCCCCACUCCUUCUUUAAGACUAAUGUUGUUUUUGAAUGGGCGCUGACACUAACUGAGAGUUCUCACUGUAGCCUCUUAGAACUGCCCUAAUUUUAAGAUGUUUAUAAAAUCUUCUUACGUAAUUGUUACCCAAGUCUCCCUCCCUCAUGCACAUGCACCAUAAACACAUCCCCAUCUUCUGGAUUGAUUAUUGUAAUGUAUAUUGUAUUCUAACAUGUCAAGACGAUGGUGGAAACUGUCUUAUUCAUUAAGUGCUUAUACUAAUGGGAUUCUAAAUGGGGAUCCACAUCUCUUGUAAUCUAUUGAAAUAUUAUUUGUUACUGUAGCUGAACCCUUUUUGAUGUAGAUGUUAUUUUUCUAAAAAUUCCACUACUGUGGCUGAUACUUGGAUGAAAUAUUAUGUUAGGGUUGUCGCCAAUGACAUUUUACUCGGGGUAGACCCAUUGAAAUGAGUGGAUCUGAAUCAUGUCCAUUCAUUUCAAUGGGUCUAUUCCCCGAGUAUGACUAACACUGCAUGCAACUCAGUGUGUUCCACUUGAAUAAAUAUGCAUAUUUAUCUGCAAAAAUGUGCAAGGAAGGACUGUGAGGGAGAAUGACAUGGGAAUGCAGUAAACAUGAGAAAGAUGGGGCAGGGGGAGAAUGUUUGCGUUGCUGUAAAAAGUUUGGAUGAAUUAAUUGGCCUGUUGUUACUGGAAGGCAACCACUCUCUGCAUAGCCUGCCUUCAGGACCAACAGAGUAAAGGUACUGUGAGCAGAGGGCUGCUUUGGCUUGAGAAACACUUUGUAAAGAGAAAUACUGAAAGUCUGACAUUCAGGAAAAUCCCUGAUAGAUUUUCUCCAGUGAGAUUCCAAUCUAGUGUAGUUGUGGUUAUUCUUAUUACUAAAUAUGUGCUUAUGAGAAAUCUAAAUGUCCACCAGAAAAAUACUCUCAUGAUUUGUGCUGAAAGAUCAGAAUUCUGCUUUUGUGUAUGCUGAUAUCAGGUUAGAAGAAUGACCACAUGUUCAGUAAAGAUUAUUUAUUUUCAAGCAACAUAUAAUGGACUCUCUCUUGCCUCCUAAUUUAUAGCAACCUUCUCUGGGAUAGAUGCAAUAAAGUCCAGUGCAAUUAUUCUAUAGCAAGCAGAUUUCAGAGUUUUUUCCUUGAGGUUCUUUGCCAACUCUGUUCUGUACCAUAAACAGGCAGCUUAGCUUACUGUAAAUUAGACUUGUUCUUUGACUUUUUUUUGUAUUUGAAAUAUUGCUGGAGGAAAAUAUUUGUUCCUACUCCCUGUGUAUUAAGUUUCAUUGUGCAAGUUGCAAGAUGUAGAAUGCUGUUUUUCUUUGCUGCUAAAUUUCCCCUCCAGCAAAGUGUGGAUUGCAGCCCUUGUCCAUUAUCUAUCUGUAGCAUCUUAAAAGUAUUUCAGUCAUCAGUUAGUAAUUGUUAAGGCUUCAUUCAUCACUUGCGGGUGAAUGGAAAAGCAAGAACAGCUAACACCCUCUCUCAUAAUACAGUACUAGAACCCAGGGUCAUCCGAAGAAGCUGCAUGGUGGGAGAUUCAGGGCAGAGAAAAAGGAAGUACAGUGGUACCUCAGGUUAAGAACUUAAUUCGUUCCGGAGGUCUGUUCUUAACCUGAAACUGUUCUUAACCUGAAGCACCACUUUAGCUAAUGGGGUCACCCGCUGCCACCGUGCUACCGCCGCAUGAUUUCUGUUCUCAUCCUGAAGCAAAGUUCUUAACCCGAGGUACUAUUUCUGGGUUAGUGGAGUCUGUAACCUGAAGCGUCUGUAACCUGAGGUACCACUGUACUUUGCUCAGUUGAAUGUUCAUUACCACAAAUUCCCUAACAAGACAUGCUUAUAGUGACCAGCUUGAGCAACUUCAAAAGGGGAUUAGAUAGUUUUGUGGAGGAAAGACUGUCAAUGGCUAUUAGUCAUGAUGGGCAUGCAUUACCCUCUAUCAGAGGCCGUAUGCCUCUGAAUACCAGUUGCUGGAGAACAUGAAUUUGAGUGCAUCCUGCAUAUGAGUAUAGGUAUCUGAUUGGCCACUGUGGGAACACGAUGCUGGACUGAGUGCACCUUAUGCUCUUGAGCUCGUUGAGAGUAACAGGCAAAAUGUAAUGCAGAAUGAUUGAGGUCUGUCAUCUGAAUAAGAAAGACAUUUUCAUUUGAUUUUUAUAUUUUAUUUGGCUGGAGUAUGGCUAAAUUCUAACUUGUGCUUUUUAUCACGUUUGAAGCUUUUUAAAAAAAUGACAUAUAGUGCUUCUGCACUUGGAGGUUCUAUAUGAUAUCCCACAAAGGUCAGAACAACUCUCUUGAUCAGUCACCCCAGACAUUAUCUUUCUAUAUAGCAUGCUUUUGUUAGUGGGAGCCAGGCAGAUGGCUUCAACUUUGCCACCCAAAGAAAGGACAUAAUGAUUAAUGUUUUGUUAGGUCUUCAUUAGACUGCGUACAUCAAGCUAGCUGAUUAUUCCUUUGAUGGGAAUGUUUUUGCUGCUGUAGUUUUUUUGUUCGUUUAUGGGUCUGUUUAUGGGUUAUUAGAAUGGUUUUAUGGAAAUGUGUUGUUUUAUGUUGCACGCUUCUGACUUUUGACAUUUUGUAAAUCGCUUAGAGCCUUUUUUGUAUUAAGCAACUAAUAAAUCAAAUAAUAAUAAAUAAUAAUGGCAACUUGUUACUGGAGACCUAAUUAAUUUUAAGUUUUAUCGAUCAAUUUAAUUGACAUCACAGCCCCAGCAUUGAGAACACUAAGGAUAGUUUCCAUCUGUCUCUUCAUACAGGUAGGCAGCUAUCUAACAUGGGAUUGAAAAUUGCAGCUGGAUACUUUUCAGAAAAAUAAAGUUUAAAAGAUUUGUUGCAAGUGAAGUGUUGCUGACUUGGGUGGUAAAUUGGAGCUUUAGUGAAUUACACUAGGAUAGCAUAAGGUUGGCUGUUUUGUUUCAGAAUUUUUCAAAGUGUGUAUUGCUGCAUUGGAGUAUAUGACAGAUCUAAAAGAGUUUUGUCAUAGCAAUGCAAAGGGGAAAUAAAGCAAUUAAACAUGCAUAAGUUGUUUAGCAGUCAAACAUACAUAAGUAGAUGUGGACAUCAAGCCCUCCUCGAACAGAAAUAUGCCCUUUAUUUCAGAAUACAGCAAUUGGAAUUAAAAUAUACUACAUUGCUAUCUUUAUUAUUUUGCUAUUUUCCUUUCAACCUAUAAGUGUGUACAGUUUUUGCAAGAAACAAAGAUGUUUUCUGCUUCGUGACCAAAUUUGCUGUGGUUGCUAAAUAAAGGCAUAACUAUUAUUGUAGUGAAUGUAUUGGCUGGUCUGUUAGCAAACUGACUUGGUUACUUCUCAUUUUUGUCUUGUUCCAAUUCACUUGUCCUGCUAAGUAUGUUGUUGAGGUGAUGAUACCAUUUGGGGAUGUAAGAGGUGUAAAUGAAAUAUUUCAUGUUCUUUCUUGAAAAAUGUAUCUAUGCAGAACAGAUUGCAUAUCCACAGUAGAGUAGAUGGUCAGCAUUACUUCCAUAAAAGGUGCACUUGGGUGAAAUCAGUUUUGAUCAGUAGUUGUUUAUUACUAUUGAUUAAUACAGUUCACAUAGGUAAGUUCUCCCCUUCUCUAAGGAAAUUAAUUGUGUUAAACUCUAACAAGAAUGUUGUAUUACUAUAUGUUUUAAUCUGUAUCUGUCACGUCCAGAUCUAUUGAGCAGGUUUGUUUGUUUGUGUAUGUGCUUCCUUUCAGAGCAAAACUCUCCCAUCAAAAACAGCUUGCAUCAAAAACAUACUGCACCAUUUCAAUAAAACUGCAAUAUAAAACUAAAACUUUAUAACCUGAAAACAGAGGCAGUUAAAACAAUACCGACUACCACAUAUUAAAAAGAAAUGUGAUUUUUUUAAAAAAAUCAAGCUCAGUUUAUAAACCAAUAGAGUAGGAGUCAUUCACAAUCGAGAAAGAGAAUUCUACCAAGAAGUCUCUUUUACCCUUGUCUCACAAACCUAAGAGUUCUUGAUGGCAGGGCAUCUGAGGCCAACCUCAAGGUCUAGGCAGAUUAAGAUGGAUGCAGCCAUCCUGCAAAUAACUGGUCCAAAACUGUGAAUCUAUAGUCCAUUAAUAUGUGUCCCUACUUUUCUUUUUUUUUAAAAAAAAGGCCAAAAAUCACUUCUCAUAAUAAGCCACCUAAUCAACAAAUCAGUACCAUCUUCCAGGUUCUUGACAGUCUACUUCCUGAUUCUUUGCAACUGUGUUUUACAUGUCAGUUUGCCAGGAUGGAAUGUGUGGUUGGGGCUGGGGUCGGGAGACAGGGUGAUGGACAAGGAGAAUAAUUUUGGGGAGAAAACUUUUCUGGGCCUAGUAUAGCCACAGACUUUGCAUUGCCAACUCCUCUUUUAAGAAGCAAGACAUUUGGUUCUGAAAGUAGCACGUUACCAUUUCCUUUCUGAAAGGGGAUAGGGAGAGAUGCAUCUGUCUUCAUGUUGCAGUGAGAGCACACAGCAUGUGUUGAAUGGGCUUCUCUUUUCUGCACUCGACAGGAAGAACACUGUCCUCAGCCAUGUUUCAUGCGCAAAACCCUUCUUCGGGGCUUGCUUUUUAUGUGGAUAUCAUUUUUCCAGUUAAGAUACAUCCUUAAUGUUCAUGCUUUUGGCUUGGUCAACUGGCCUUUAUACAAUUUACUGCUCCCCAUCACUAUGCUGCCACCAUAAAUUUAUGUUAACAUUUACUUAUUACUUGCAAACUAAAUAAAAAGUCCCACUCUAUAGCAGUGUAAAUCAAAGGAGAGUGGAGGGUCACCCAAAUGCCUCGGAAAUACUGACUCCUGGAAAUGGUUUGCACCAUUACAGAUGUCCUUUACUUCAGAAUCCUUAACUAGAAAGAAAACAUACCAGAUUGCUGUCUUUAUUAUUUUUCUUGGAACCUAUAAGGCUGUAUAUUUUUGCUUUCCAUUUUUGUGAGGAAAUGACUAGUUCAGUCUACUUCCCCUCUCUUUACCUGCUCUGUUUCACCUCUUUGUGCCACAUAUAGGAAACUCAAGGUAAGCCCCAAGCAAAGACAUCACCUCUGGUUACUCUAGUAAACAGUCAGGACAGAAUGUACUAUGAAGGAAGAGUGAAACAUCCAGUCUCUGGUGGAUGAGGAGGUUACUGUUUUUUGUUCUUGUCAAAACAAGAAUGUGCAAGGCUUUCUCCUAGUGACUAAACUUUGGAGCAGAAAAGUUAACCUCACAUAAUGGGCAACUAUCACAAUGCAGUUUGCUAGUGAACUUGGGGAGAGCAUAACAUACUAUCUCUGAUGUCUACCUGUGAUGCAUGUUGGAGAGCCUGAAGAUGAUUUUUUCAAUGUGAUUAACUCAUUGAAUCCCAUAUUUCUUUCUACAGAUUACCUGGCUAACCAUGGCCGUCUGAGUGAGUCGGAGGCCAGGCGCAAAUUCUGGCAGAUUCUCUCCGCUGUUGAAUACUGUCACAGCCGUAAGAUUGUGCACCGUGACCUCAAAGCUGAAAACCUCCUGCUUGAUAACAACAUGAAUAUUAAAAUAGCAGGUACCUCAAUACUUUUUUCCCUUUUGUCCUAGUGCCUGGGGAAUAAAUUCCUCUUUCCUCCAAGUGACUUUGGCAAACUUCCUAUAGCAGCCCUAGAGAAAGUGGAAAGACAGAGAGGAUUUCCUGAUAUGCCCCCUUUGCAUUAUGGGUGGUGUAGGCUUUUGACACUAAGUUCUUACUAAAAAUAGCUGCUGCUUGUAUUUCUUUCUUGGGGGAAAAUGGCAGUAAUUUUGUAGGGUUUUAUGAAUUUUUGUAGUGUCAUGACAACUUGCUAGCAUUGCCAGAUGUGCUGGUUACAAUCAAAUUUAAUCAAAUAAUUCUUGAGUAUAAAAAAGCUCAAAAUGGAAACUCUCUGGAUUAUUUUAGCAUGCUUGAUUUAAUUUUAAUUACAAAUUUAGACACAGCAGAUGUUCCUUGCAAUAGAUAAUUUUCUUUUGCCUCAGUAUAAUACUAAGGAUCCUUGGAUUGCCAGACCAGAAUUUCAAAAAUGAGGGACACUCAUUUUUAAGCUGCUGAGAGUUCUAUAGAGCAGUAGAGUUCUUGGAAUAAAAGAUGUCUGGCAAGUUCUCCAGAUGGUGUUUAGCUUCAAGGAGGAGGGAAUAAUGACUGUUUAAGGCUUCUUAGCAUUUUCUUACGUAGGGAUAGAUGACAGAGAAAGAAGAGCAGCUGCACCAAGGAAAAAAAGUUGGCAGUAAAGUUAGCUUGUUAAAAACAAAUCCCCAUGAAAUUAAAAAUCACUCUGAAAGACACACAGUGCUGGUAUCAAACAGUAGCACUGCAUACAGGAGGGAAAGAUACAAGAGGCCAGCCUUUCCCAACCUGGUGCUCUCCAGAAGUGAUAGCUGGGGCUCGUGGGCAUUGUGCUCAAACCAUCUGGGCACCUGGUUGGGGAAGACUGCAAUAGCUCAUGCACUUGUGCUGUGGUGAAUCCAACCCCCACACAACACACAUAUCCUACCCAAGCCUGGCUUGAUGGGUUUUACAGAGAAGACUUACUCCUUCCAUUGAAAUUAGUGAAAUUCAGUGGACCAUAAAGCACUGGCCUUAAUGCAUGAAAAAAAACAGGAUAUUAAAAGGAUAUUGGAAUGAGAUUUUCUUUUGCAAGGAAGGCAGAGAAGUAGUUUGCCCCUAUAACAAAUGGACCACUUGCAUACAAAAAAGCCUGCAAACUAUUUUUUUUUCUAAUUUGUUCACUUAAAAAAAAUCUCCCAUAGACACAUUUUAAACGGGAAGUUGGGAAAUGGGGAAGUGUUCAGUUCCUCACACUAUGUAGUUUGCUGUGCUAAGAAAAAUGGGGGUCCUCUUGGGGCAGCAAAUAAAGGGUUGAAGGACAGAAAAACUACACAGCAAAAGAUCUGUGUGUAACUUGUUUGCAUUGAUGAACUUUGAUGACAAGAAUCCUUCAUAUGCUGUUGUGUGGCGGCAGCAGCAGCAUUUUAUUUAUCAAUUUGGGCUGCACCAUUGUCCCUUUUUAAAGACACACUGUGUGCCUUAAGGAUGGAUCUGGCAGUCUGGGACAUCUGCAUGUGGUAAUCAAGUGUCUUGGUUUUUCAUACCUCUGUCAGAAUGGGUGAUGCUUUUUUGUUUGUUUGUUCUAUUGCAACCCAUGUUCUUUGGAAUUCUGGCACUUGUCUUCUGUAUCCUCCAUGAUGAUUUCAGCGCUGUAAAAAUGAACACUAAAAUUGAAAUAUUUGGACACUGUGACCUAAAGGCUCAAAGUUUGUGCUGAGUUUCCACUCCAUGGGUUCUUGACAUACUUACUACAUUUUUAUUCUGCCCUUUUCCUAAGAAAUGCAUGAGAGCCACACAUAGCCUUGCUUCCUCCUCACCAACACACAUUUUAUUUUCACAAUGAUAUUGGGAGGUAAGUUGGGCUGGGAGUAACUGGUCCAAGGUAGCAGAGCAAGGAUUUGAUUCUGUGUAGCUCCUAUCUUUAAUCCAGCAUGAAAUUCACUAUACUGCAUUGAAAUCUAAAUUAUAUUUCAAAAGAGUCCUGGGAUCAGAACAAGUGCCCAUCUAAACCAGCAACCUGUUCCUAACGCUUACUAGCCAGAUGAUUCCUGAAAGUUCACAUCAAAGAUAUGAAGGCUCUAGCCCUCCCAUAUUAAUUCCCCAACUACUAGUAAUCGCAGGAACAUUGCCUCUGAAAGUGCAGGCUCAACUCGGCUAUCCUUGUCAGUUUUCAUUGACAGGCCUAUACCCCCCAGGAAUUUGUCUCUUUUUAAAACUGCUUUAGCCAUCGUCAAUCACUACAUCAUUUCAUACUAUUUUUGCUCAGUAUAUGAGCUAUGUAUUUUUCAAUGGCUUUGGGCACUCCCUUUUGAAAUUCAAAUGACUGUUUGUGAUACUGCAUCUGUCUUGCCUGCUUGAAGAUCUCUGUACUUCCUUUAAUUACCCAAAUUAAUACUGACCUUAUUUUUAAAUACUUUAAAUAUGACCAUUUACCAUAUGGUAACGUAUGACGUUGGGUCAUGUAGCCACUUGCUACAAUGAUAAUCUCUCUGGUGAAUUUUACACUCCUGGUUCUUACCCAGAUUUCUGAAUAGUUUGCUAAAAUUCUGUUAAUGCUAGGAUGGGUGGUUUGGAGGACUGAUCUAAGCAAGUUCUAAUAUAUAUGUGUUGGAAGCCACCCAGAGUGACUGGGGCAACCCAGCCAGAUGUGUGGGGUAUUGUUGUUGUUGUCAUUGUUAUUUUCAUUGUUCCUGAUAAAUGGUUGCAUGGACUCUAUGUGAAUUUUCCUAUGGAGAGGGGCACGGUUUGGUGCAAGCCUGGCAAUUUUUCUCCCAGACUUCUUGGGAGAAAACACAGUUCUGUUGGCUAUUCUGCAAAAAUAUUUGUCCUUCUGGUUAGCUUUUGAGGGGCUUGUGAAGACUGUUAGGCGCAUCAGUCUUCCAGGUGCUGUGAAAGUGAUGACACAGAAUUGUGUUUCAGUGGGCCCCUUUGUAAAAGGAAGCAACCAUCUGGGCCUGACAUUGUAAUUGCAGCACUUCAGAGCUGGCAGAGAUGUUGCUGUCUUGCGUGUUCUCGACCCACUCCUUAAAGUCCACAUUAGCCUCUUUAAAGGCCAGGAGGGUUAAAUCCAGCAAAGCAGUUUGAGCAUCAGUGUGAUGCUGUGCAGAAGAGAGGACUCCAUGAUUUGAAUGCAGUUAGGUCAUUUGAAGGAAAGCGGGGACGGGAGACUGUUAUUUUGAAAGGGCUCACAGCAGCCUUUUCUGCUGGUGGACUGUGUAACAUGCAUUGACGUCAGAACUGGGUGAUCAGUGAUCAGUAUUCAGUUCCUGCAGUGGGUCAGGUUUAUGCCUCUCACUCAUUCCUUUCCUUUUAUCAGCACCUCUCUUUGCAAUUACUGCCUUGCUCACAUUACCAAAUAACAAAAGAUCCACACAUCUCCCUCCUGAAGCUGAGGAGAGAUGCCUUCUGCUAGCAAACAAACCCAAUUUCUUAAAAUUACUCCCCUUUAAAACUCAUUUGCUCUUUUUAGACAAAAGAGUUUUCAAAUUCUUCAAACUGUAGGGGAAGGGAGCUUAUUUUGCUCUGGAGCCCUUUGCUGUGGAUUGCUGUAUCUCGUACAUUAGUAUUAAAUAAUAAACAUCACAGAAAACUGGUGGGUGUGUGAAUUUGACAUGCAGUAUUGCCCAACAGGUGUUCCCUGGUUGUACAAGGCUCUGUAAUUUUACCUUAUCAAAAGUAUUGCAUAAUCUGGUUUGGAAAUUUCCCAAGUAAGAUGCUUUUUAAAAAGCUUUAAUUCAUAUGGAAAUAUUGUUGUUUUCCUGUCUGUCUCUGUGUUGUUGUUUUUUAAAUCUCAGCUCAGUAUCGCAGAUUUUAGAAUUGUGGGGAAAGGGUCUUUACACCUGCAUAGGAAGCAAGGUGGGAAUAAUUUGCUUCAUCUCUUUUCAAGGUUUGCUAGGGUGGAUUUUUGAAAAGUUCACAACAAAGACGGUAGUAGAAACUGACUAACAGAGGGCAUUAGUUAUCAUAGAUUAAUUUUCUAGCUUCUAGGGUGAGGGAAGAUAGAAUGAAUGGGGAAAUGUGACAUGAACAGCCAUCUGGGUUUCCCAGCAGUGUUCAAAUAAAAGGAGAACAAGUUUCUUCCUUACUAGAAGAUUAUCACUUCACGGCUGGGAAGGACCUCAAAGUAAAUUAGCCAGUCCCCUGCCAUUAAAAAGAUCAAUACCUUUACAGCCCUCAGCAAGUAUUUAAUUUAUUUCUAUUCUAUUAGUGACUUCAUAAGAUCCCUUUUGCAAUUAAUUCUGUGGCUCUUCUUCCUUUCUUGACAUUCCUUUUUAUUAUAGCCAUCCUUAAAGCAGCCAUUAUGAGUGUGAAUGUUUAGCAUAUUGCCCCUUCAGCCACCCACUUCUUUUAAAGCUAAAACAGUUUCAAUGCCUUUUGUUAUCCUCUUAGGUUUUGCGUUGGAUUUAUCUAUAUCUAACAUUCUUAAAUAACUCAAACUUAAGGCUCUAGGUGGGCCACAAAAUUUAUAAGACAUAAUCUCAGCAGUCACCAUCCAAAGUAAAGCAAGCAGUUACAUACCCUGGGAAAAAUAGUGAAGCAAAAACCACUCUUGCUUGCCACUGACUGUGUUAGCAGGCAAAAACCUGUAAGCAAAACCUUCCAGUCUCCUUUUCGCAACCAUGCCCAAGGAGGAGACAAGCCUGAGGUUCACUGUGUGUGGCUCAUUCUUGUAAUGCUAAACUUUGGUCUAGCAUUACAUGCACACCAGGCCAUCUGCUUAUCUGGUCAAAGAGCAGCAAAAUCAGAUGAUUUUUCUUGCGCCACUGGCAGUUUUCUUCUGACAUAUCAAAUUUGAAAAUAGUGAUGUGUACUGUACUCUUGGAAUGGUUUUUAAAAUGGCUGUUUUUAAGUGGAAAGUCGGUUAGGUCUGUAUUCCUAUAUUUGAGGUGCAGGUGCAGAACUGCUUGGAAAUCAGUUCCUCAUUUGUAUAUUGUUUCCAGUGUUGGACAUGUUAGACCCUGAGGUGUGUGAUUAGGGCCGUCUGAAGGCCCCUACCUUUGAAUGAAAUAUGGAGGCAGAGUUUGUCCGUAUCACACUAGGAGUCCAUGUCAAGCUGCUUCUAGUAGCACAGGUCAUGCAAGGUAAACUGGGAUCUCGCUCUCCAGCAUAAUGCAGCGUGUUCGCCACUGGACCAAAGUCUCUAUGAUGCCUGUACAACUGCAGCAUUUAUCCAGUCAUGCUGUCUGCUGACCAAUGCCACAUGGCACUUGCAUGCCUUGGCUUAGAACUAUGCAGUUGGGAGAUAAGACUAAACAAACAUCUGUUACCAAACUCGCUUUGAGUUUCGCUUCAAAGUUUCUGGAACUUCACAAGUGAACAAUUACGCUCAAGAAUAUAUGAGGCUUGUUAGUCUGAGGUGUGAUUCUUUGCAACGACACAGUUGGAAACCUAGCUUGUGUGCCUCUGUGCUCCACGGAAAAGUAGUAAGAGCAGCUCUUUUAGAGAGGCCAUUAUGAAGUAAUAGUCCGUGCACCUUACUAUGCUAAUAGCAAGUGUGCAUGAAGUCAUGCUGUACAAAUCUUGCAUUACAAACACUAUGCAAACGUUGUAUGUUAUACUUUUGACAGCAGUAUUUGAUGGAAUAAAGUGUUGAGAGAACUGGAAACAUACACUAGCAUGUCUCCUGGAGCCUUUUAAACCAAGAAUACUAUACUGGUGCCCUAUACAUUGGUGCCCUUAGGAUCCUUUGUUUCCACUAUCAUGCCAGCUUUGCAGGUGACAUUAAAAUGUACAAGAGUACAAAUGGGCUCUUGCAUUCACUCCAUUGUGUCCUCUUCACCAAGCUGCUUAAUUGUUCACCUCUGCGUUUGCUCUUGAGCUGUGAGUUCUGCCCUUGAAGCUGUUCUUACUAUGCAGGUUAUAUUUUAGCUCCUUUUAAGGCUCUCACAGUAAGGGUAACUUCAGUCGCUUCUUGGGAAUGGAUCUGCAAUGCAUAUAGGUGGGCUGGUAGUAGUUAAUGCAGUUGCAACUUCCUGCUGAGAGUUUUCAUCACAUGGCAGAGACCCCAUGCUGAGCAGAACUUGGAGUACCCAGAGAAGAGUGGCAAGCAGGGGGUAGGAAAACAGGAAUCCAGACCACCUGCAUUCUCAGGAUCAAGGCUAAAAACUGCUUUCAGAUUCCUAACACCAUCAUCACAGACACCUGUGAUUGUUCUAGCCAUGCCUUCCAGAAAAAAACCUUUUUCAUAGGAUCAAACAAAAUGAGUGACCAUGGACAACGCCAUUGUGUAGAAUUGUACCCUGUUUCUACAAUGUCUUUAUAGUUUUAGGCUAAUUAUCUUACACAUCUCUGAUUGAUAUAUAAAAAUAAUUGGGGCUAUACGUAGUACCCACACAGUGAAGUCACAGUACUUAAUUGUACGCAGCAGCACCAACAGCACAAGCAGCCUUUAAUGGAAACUCAUAAACUGAAGGCCUGGAAGAACCAAACACUGCUAUUGUUCUACAAAUGUUCAAUGCAGCUCCUAACGUUAGUUCGUAACAGGAAGGGAAGGAGAUGUCUUUCCUGUACUACUCUGUGUCUAACCUUUGAUGGUGCUUAGUAGGAACCAGGCCUGGCCCAUUGAUAAGGCAGAGCAGGGUGAGGCACCCGCCCCAAGCAGUGGAAGCCCAAGAGGUGGUGCCGACCUCUCCUCUGCUACCCGUCCUACCACUUCCAGAGGGCAUGAGAUGCCAGCAAGAUCUCAGUGGAAGGCACCACUGCUGCUGUAAGAGAAGUGUGGCGGCAGGGGCAUGUUGCCAUUUCGCCUCAAGUGGCAAAACAGGGCACGGUGCACCUGGUAUGAAGUUAAUAUGACUUGCCUUGAUGGUGUGGGGUCUGGUUAAAAUGCCAUGAUGGGAUAAGUCUGCUCCUGGAUUUUCUUCCUCGGGAUUUGAACUGUUUUGCUAGAGCUCAAACUCUUAUUGAGGCAUUAGAGAAAUUCUCUCAAGCUGCUAAGACAUGAGCAUAUGUCAUAUGACAUAUAGUGUUUUUGUAUAUCGUUUGGGCUCAAACCAGGGCCCCCACAAAUGCAAAGAGCUCACAGGGAUUUGGGGGCUUAAUAUACAUUAGGUUCCAUUUUGUUUUGUUGAGCAUACCAGAUAAAUACAUUCAGCCUGGACUUAAAAAUAUAGCUAAAUUAUCAAUUACCCUUUCUCUCUCUCUCUCUCUCUCUCUCUCUCUCUCUCUCUCUCUCCAGAUUUUGGAUUUGGCAACUUCUACAAAAGUGGUGAGCCUCUGACAACAUGGUGUGGAAGCCCCCCAUAUGCAGCCCCUGAGGUGUUUGAAGGCCAGCAGUACGAGGGUCCGCAGCUGGAUAUAUGGGUAUCUUAACUGUAUUAAAUUGAGCGUCCCUUUUAAAAAACUGCUAAAUUUUAGUUAACAUGUUAUAUUGCUCUUCCUAAUUGGUAGAUAAGUUGGUCUUGCUUUUAAAGACAAGUCAUAAAGGCCCCAGUAGCUUUGAGAAUGGGAAGCAAGAGUUACUUUGAAACUUGUCUUUAUUGUAUUAGAGGAAACAAUUUGGCCAAUGGAGAAAUCUGGUCCUCUCUUACUGAAUCUAUGCACUUAUGUCUAUGCUGCAGUUUAGCUUGCUAAUUCCUCCUUCUUGGGAGUUCAAACCAAAGUUAAGAUUCUAAAUUCUCUGUAUGGCCAGAGGGAUUGUCUGAGUCAUUUGCACAUGGCUGCUAUCCAUCCUCUCUUUCAGUUGAGAGGACAAGACAGUUUGCCUUGAACAAUUCUGCUGCAGGCAGGUGCCCGUGGCUGAACCAAAAAGAGUGUGUGUGUGUGUUUGCUUCAUGCUACUCUAAUGGGAAAGGACACAUGGAGGUGACAAGAAAAUCUUGCAAAGCACAUACAGGAGAGAGGAUGUGCUGAUCCAGGUUCCUUUAAUGCAGUGCCAGGCUUGCUGCUCUCCAGUUUUUUGGGCGGCGGGAAAGUAAUUGGGUCUUAGUGUCUCCUGGUAUUAGCAAUGUUUCCAGAGCAUGGUUUUGCUGUCCAUUGUGUUGCCAGAGUUUAGGGGCUAAAACCUGUCAGUGUGAAUGUCCCGCAGCAUUUAUGGCACCAGUUUUCAGUCAUGGGAUUGAGCCUACAAGUUACUUCAGUGAGGAAAACAGUAACAUCAGAAGGUCUAUGCAGCCCACGGCUGAAAAAGGUUGCUGACCCCUGGUCUGUACUAGGGUUUCCAUCCGUCCAGAAUUUCCUGGUGGAAAUUGCUUUAAUGUCCACAAAAAUCUGAAUGUAUGGUAACCCAACCUCAACAACUUUUGUGUCCAGAUUUUCACCUUUUGAACUAUGGCAACCCUAGUCUAUACCUUCAGACUGUUUAUGGCAAGCAUAUUUUGCUAUAUUUAUAUUUUUGUUAUCAUUCGCACUAUGGAUGCAGUGAAAAUUGCCAUAUUGGAACUGGCCCUCGGUCUUGGUUUUCUUUGGAAAGGAGGCAGGGUGCAGACGUUAGUGCUGCGUUCUUCUCUGUGAAGACACCCACGUUGUUUUACAAAUAAACACAUCUCAACAAGAGUUCCCCUUUAAUGAGGAAACUGUUACCGCCUCAUUGCGCCCGCUGUCCUCUAACUUCCAGAUGAACUCGGUACACACCUCAAACACACCCAAGGAUUUACAGCACCUAAUACUGUGUGGGGAUGUGCCAGAUCAACAGGAGUUUUGAAAAAUAUUUGUGGAAGCUAUUGACUUUGUUAGGUUGCUAACAAAAAUACCUUUCAAAACCAGAUGAAAAGCACUGGCUGUACAAUGCAAAUGUUCUUUUGAAAAAUAAAUUUGUGCCUCUUACAAAAUUGGUCAGUGAUUCUCACAAUUAUGGUGGGAUUGGUGCCUUUUCUCCUCCCCCUCAAAAUCUAUAGCGGCAAAAACAGCUCAGAAAAGUGCUCUGCCUAGGCUCCCAAAAUUUGCCAUUGGGAAACAGAUGCUCUCCAUUUAAAGGAGAAAAGAUAAAUCUUUUGUUGUUGUUGCGUUACCCCAGUCUCUGUGUGGCAUUACAUUGUUCAGCAGAUUUAAUGCUACCAAAUACUGUGCAUACUUUCCAGCAGGCUCAGUCAUUAUUAGCACAUUGCUGCUACUUUGACUUUGUCUCUUCCCUUGUUCUUUCCCCUCCCCCGUCUUACAUAAUAAAUCUUAACAGGCUUUGCAUAGAAUCAGGAUCUGAGGCUCUUAUCCUGACCUUCACAGGGAUUUCUUCUCGUAAGCUUUUGCAAGUUGGGAACUAGGGAGAAUCACACUUUUGUGCUCUGAGCAGGGAGAAUUCAAGCAAACUUCAGGGUGGGAUUCAGAUUUUAUUUUUUAAAAGUAAUUUCUAUACAAGAUUUUCUUGGUAUGUGCAUUUUUUAAGGUUGUAGUCCGUUCUACAAAUCAGUUACAUUUGAUACGAGACAUUAGUGUUGUAUGCAGUAUAGGGUCGGGGCAGAAGAGGGGGGAGAGGAGGGGUUUUUAUUAAGAAUAUUGGUGCAUCUGUUGAAGGUCGUUUAUAUGUUAUUGAGUAAAGCUAGCUUGUAGAUCCCACACUCCCUUAUCAGUCUCACUCAGGGUCCUGUCUUGUUUGCAGUUCCAGAGUUGCAGAUAGAACUUCUGUCCUUUAAAGUGAUCUAAGGAAGGUGCGGGUUCCAGAGGUGCGCAGUUUACUGCCCAUAACUUCAGUUGGAUGUUGCCCAACUGAAGAACUUGAAGGCAAAUAAUAAUAAUUCCAAAUAAAAUCAUAACUCUGCAAUUGAGAACUAGUAUCGAGAAGUAAUUUCUAAACAUAUUCAGCUGAUAAAAUGGAACCCAUGGUUGGCUUGCUGGAACACAAACAUGCAGACGAUGGGGAAGUCACUACACUAGGUUCUGAGUUGGUUUGCAGUUCAGCCAUAGUGACUUGGAAUGGAUUCCUUCCUCUCUUAUCUGCUUGGUGUCAAAAACUGGCUCCCUGUUUCCCUAGUAGGAAUGCUUGAAGCAAGAGAUGCUUCACCAAUACAGUCCUGGCCAAAUUAUUUUGAUUCCUCAACAAGUCAGCAUCCCAACUUUUGCAUCCAAGUUAUAGAAAUGUGUUUCAUUGGUACAAUGUAUAGAAAGGCUUUUUGCAGAAUUCUGAAAGACAAAAAAGCAGUAUAUUUUGACAUGUACAGAUGAUACAUGUGUUUUAUCCUUUUCUUAAAGCUACUGUUGUAUGUUUUAAAAUACCUCUUAACUGUUUAUCAAUAAUUUUAAAGUGUUUUUUUUUUAAUAUGCUUUUCUAAACCACAUAAGAGGUUCUCUUACAAUCAAGUGUUAAAUAAAUCUGAUGAAAAAUUAGACAUGGGCUUCUAAAGGUUAAUGGUGUUAUUGCUACCAGCAGUUUGUAGGCCUUCCUAGUCUGUGUUAUAUAUAUGGGAUAAAUUCUGGAUAUACCUUGCUUACAUACUGAAACAUUCAGAUGUAGUGAAAAGCCACCGGAAAGAAAACAUUAGUAUAUAAGGGUUUUACCAGCACACUAUGGAGCAAGGUACAGUUGUCCGCAUGUUUUGAGAGUCAAAUCUAAAACUCCUCUUUCUCUUUCAGAGCAUGGGUGUAGUUCUGUACGUCUUAGUAUGUGGAGCACUGCCUUUUGACGGACCUACACUGCCCAUCCUGAGGCAACGGGUUCUGGAAGGGAGGUUCCGGAUCCCUUAUUUCAUGUCUGAAGGUAACAUCAUCAUCAUCAUCAUCAUUUAUUAUUUAUACCCCGCCCAUCUGGCUUGGUUUCCCCAGCCACUCUGGGCUGCUUACAGCAGGAUAUUAAAAACACAGUAAAAGAUCCAACAUUAAAAACUUCCCUAAACAGUUUUGUGUAAGGCUUUUUGGCUUAAUUUUUCCUAUUGUUUAUAAUACAGGCAAUGACUGAUUGAUGCAUGUCCAUGUACACACGAUGCUGAACUUGAAAGUGACCCGAAAAUGUCACUAAAGCAUCACUAAAAGGGCAGAACACUUUAUGUGGGCCCCACCAAUGUGCAGUGUAUGUUUGUGUGGAGAGAGUUCAGAAUGUCAGAAAUACUGUAAAGAUACCAACUCACUAGCAGGGUUUGAUUAAACACAAGUCAGAAAAUAAAAUCAAAGGUUGAGUAAGGAUAACAUGGAAUGAAAUUGACUGCAAUAUGUAAACAUGAAGGAAAAUGUGGUAUAAGACUGAUAAGAAAAUAAGAGUAUUGAGGUGUAAGAUUAUAAAAAUAAGAUAAUAAUUAAGCAGAAGUAGUAAAUAUUUCAAGAAGCAGAAGGGGAAGUUGAGGGAAGUCAUGGGGAGGGGUUUUUUUUCUUUUUCUUUUAUGUGACAAAUGUUAUAUUGCGUUUUUUAUUGACUAUAAAUUGUAAAAAUCCAAUAAAAUCUUUAAAAAGAGAGAGAGUUCAGAACGUAACCGCCGUGCAAAGCAAGGAUUGCCUGUAUUCUGCUGGUGAUGAAGGUGAUAGAAGUCCUAAAGAAAUAUUCGUUUCCGUCCUAUGGCAAAAAAGUGCAGAGAUUUAGACUAAAACAGCAAGUUAUUUCUAAUUUCACAGUUACUAUGGCUUAAUUUGCCUGAAAACCAUCUUUGAGUAUACAAUAAUAGUACAUAAUAUAGCUGCUUGCACAUGGGGGAAGUUGUUAUCCAAUUGCUUAGUGAUGCAGCCAUAUUAACACAUGAUAACCUGAUGAUGCCUAAACAUCAGUAUGUAAGACAAUGCUAUUGGAUGGCCGCAUCACCAGCUGUAAUGUGUGUUUAAUAGGCUAUGAGGAUGUUUGUCCCAUGAUUUUAGCAUUGACCAGAGCAGCAUCCUAGAGCAGCAGUGCUCUAGCCACUGCUAAGUCUUCUAGGUUGGUAUAUGAUAGCUGCUUGAUGUGACAUGGAAUGCAGCUAGGAUGUCAUGAUGCUAAGCAGGAAUGAAUGGACCUAUCUAACUCACUUCAAAACUACAUGCAUAUCCCUUUAUUUGCAUGUCCAUUGUGUGCUUAAUCUUAAUCACUUGUAGUCUUUCCAGUACUGUGGCUUUUAAAAACAAAAUACAACAGCACUUCUUUGCAUGAAAAACUCCUAAAGCAAUGUGAUCAUCACCUUGUUAUGUUUCCCUUCUGACAUUUCUCCCUCUCCUCACUUCAUGUUUUCCAUUUCUUCUUCAUUCAUCUAUGCUUCUGCUCAUCUUGAGCUGAAAAGUGUGGCGGUGUCUUCAUAUUUUGUUUCUGGAAAAACCCAAAAUCUGCCUCCUAUCAAAAUCUUUGUUAUAGCUCUUAGUGUUGGUGUCAAACCAUCAAGGGAAUUAAUGUUGCCCAUAGAUUGUUCAGAUCUGAUUUUUCUGUGUGUGUGUGAUUAGUACAUGACCAUCCACACAAUAUUUUUUAGUUUUAGCUUUUUCAUAGGCAUUCCACUGUUUCCUGUUUACACGACUGAGCAGUUCUUGAUGGAAUGUUUCUGUGCUAUGUUUUCUGACCCCCUCAGUCACUACUCCCCUGACCUUCACUACCUCUUCCCCUUGUGGGCAUGGACAGGUAUUUCUGUACAUUUGCGUACAGAUCUUAAAUGCUUUUACUCCAAAGGAGGUGUGCAAGAACCAGCCUUUAGUUGUCAUGUUUCAUUAUGGACAAAUUGGAUACUUCUGCUUUGUGGGAGAGGAUCCAUUCCCAUUUGGUGGCUUUUAAAAAAGAGUCAUAUAGAUGUCUUGUGCAAGACAGAUAUGUAGCUAUACUGCAAUCCUGGCAAAGUGGUCUUGCACAUGACUUGGGUUAAAAAUAGAAAGAAGUCCUGUUGGGGACUGUGAUUAGUCUCCAAGGUAAUCUUCUACAUGCAUCAAGACCUUGAAAGAAUAGUUGAUGAAAUUUCGAUGUGACUACACAUGCAGCUAUUAGUGGAAGCAGGCACAGUUGUGUUAUUUGUGCUGCUGGAAACAGAAUGGCUAGGUUUUGCUCAGGUGAAGAGCAAACAGAAAUAGGGGUGCAGUGGUAGGAGCCACAGCCAGGAACAUCACCAUACAAACCAGUCCCCCCCGUCAGAAAAAUGCUCAAAGGAGCUUCUAUACCAGCAGGUAUAAUUGGUCAUUUUUACUUAAGAGGAAAUCUGGGUUACAUGGGGAGUACAAAGGUGACAUUUUGAUGAGGAAGACAUUGUUUAAACAAUGCAAAAACUCUUAAACGUGAGCAGCAAUGAUAGCACAAUAAACUUCCAUUUGGGAGCAUCCUAGUCCCCUACAUGGUCUAUGCGUUCUACAACCUCCACAAUGUCAGUGUUAACUUUGCUGUAUAUUAGUGUACCGUGAAUGCAGAAAUAAAAUCUUAGUGCAGUAACAGCCAUUUUGGAUGUGUAGGUGUAGACAUGGCAUUGUCAGGUAUCCAAGGGAUAAAACUUUGGAGAACCUAAAGACCAAGCCACUGCUUAAAUGCUUACCAGCUGGUGUUGUAGGACUCCCCAACUUUCUGUCGUUUCUGACCAUGAAGUUAGUCAAUUAAGCACAGCUUCACCAGCCCUCCACUGUCACUCAGAAAUCCUGGGAAGCAGUAAAUGUCAGGCUUAACUGUGUGGCCAAGACCCUAGGUCAGUGCCACUUGUUGUGCCAAGUGAACAGACAGCUUCCAUGUCGUUCCCAGCCAUCCAAAUUCAUCACUAAACAUGGGGUGGUUGAUAGGAUGGGUGGCAAACAACAUGAGUGAGAUAAAGCAGAACAUCAAAUAUCAUAUAACAAUGAGAUGCCUUGUGAAAAACAACAUACCGUAUUUUUCUCUCUAUAAGACACACUUUUCCCCUCCUAAAAAGUAAGGGGAAAUGUGUGUGUGUGUCUUAUGGGGUGAAUGUAGGCGGGAGGCUCUGCUCAGCGCUCCCUUUAAAGAGCUGUGUGGAGCAUGUUGCGGCUCUUGGGGGCUUUUCCCCAAGGAGGGAAAAGGACAGCCCUUCUCCCAAGAGCCGCACACACACUCCGCACGCUCUUUAAAGGGAGCGCGGCUCUUGGGGGAGACUUAGCCGCACGCAGCCUCUCCCGGGCAGGGGGAUGAAGGCUCUCCCUGCCCGGAAGAGGCUGUGCAUGGCUAUCCCACAAGCCAGGACAGCCGGCAGGAUCGCUGCGCAGCGAUCCCGCUUGCUGUCCUGGCUUCUGGGAUUCAGAUUUUUUUUCUUGUUUUCCUCUUCCAAAAACUAGGUGUGUCUUAUGGUCUGGUGCGUCUUAUAGAGCGAAAAAUACAGUACAGUGGUGCCCCGCAAGACGAAUGCCUCGCAAGACGGAAAACCCGCUAGACGAAAGGGUUUUCCGUUUUUGAGUUGCUUCGCAGGACGAAUUUCCCUAUGGGCUUGCUUCGCAAGACGAAAAUGUCUCGCAAGUCUUGAGAUUUUUUUUCGCUCCCCCCCCCCUUUUUCUAAGCCGCUAAGCCUUUAAUAGCCGCUAAACCGCUAAUAGUGCUAAUCCGCUAAGCCGCUAAUAGGGUUGCUUCGCAAGACGAAAAAACCACUAGAUGAAGACACUCGCGGAACGGAUUAAUUUCGUCUUGCGAGGCACCACUGUAUAUGGUAUUUGACUUCCUCUGAAGGAUCAGGCUUGCAGUUCGGGAGUACCCUGGUUCCACUGCUGGUCCUUGGAUGCACAGGUGACUGCAAUGUUCAGGAGUGCUUUUUCUCAGCUGUGACUGCAGUGCGAGCUGUGAAAAGGCAGAACUUGCCGUAGUGAUGCAUGUCUUUGCUCACCUGAUUAGAUUAGCGGAACAUGCUCUACGUGGGGAGCAUGUUGGACAUUUGAACGAUGCUCAGAAACUACAGCUGGAACAAAAUGCAAUAGCCAUUCUAGUGUUCAUUUUUUCAAGAUCAUAUUACACCACUGGUCCUAGGUAGAUUGUACAGCCUUCUAAUUUGUUUCCAGGCCUAAUUCAAGAUACUAGUGGUUAGGUAUAAAGCUCUUAACAGGACCAGGACCAAUCUGAAGGACCGCCUCUUUUCCUUACGUACCUCUCCAUUCAUUGAGCUCAUCUUCCUAUACUCUGUCGAAUGUCCUGCUACCAAAAAGAGAUUCGGUAUUCAGUAAGUAGGGUUGCAGGACAGGACUUUUUCUAUUGCAACCAUCCCAGUUAUGGAAUCCCUUCCUUCAGGAGAUCAGAGUGCUCCCAUCCCUGGACUUUAGACAGUUGACAGAGACAUACAGCUUGGUUUUUAAUUGGAGACCAUAGGUUUUCCCUCUACUCAUCUUGGUUUUUAUUACUCUUGUUUUUAAUUCUGCUAUUGUUUCAACUGGUUUGUGGGUAUUUCCUUUUCCUUUUAACUGCCUUGGUGGCCUGCAGCACAAAAAUGUUUAAAAUAAAAUAUUGCGGUACGAUGCCAUGAUGGUGCUCCUUUCCACAAUUUCCAUAACAACUGGGCAGGGGGCAGUGAUUUCUUGCAGCUGUAGUAGGCACUGCAACAAGCAAGUCAGAACUGCAAGAACACAUACUUGGAAUGGGAAGCUUAAAAAACAAAACAGUUUUUUUCUGUUCUGAAACUUCAUUGGUUAAUGCAAACGUAGCCCUUUUGUGCAAUUCAGUCAGUCCCAUGGGUAUGAAGAAUUACUAUUAUUCCUUUUAUUGUGCCUGCAGUUAGAAAUAAUUGUGCUGUUUCCCCUAAUUGCUCACCUGUAGGAGAAAUGGGUUUUGUUCUUUAUACAAAUUAAAGACCUCUUUCAAGAUUAUUUUUAUUUUUAGCAGUAGUAUUUGGCAUCUGAAUUAAGCAGUUUCCUAUUGCUAAUAGUCACCCAGCUUACAUUGACACAGGCUAACAAUGCAGAUAGAUCCCAUACUAGCUGUAUCAGUCUGAACUUUUCACCCCUACUCUGUCCAUGUAGAGUGUGAGCAUCUUAUCCGGAGGAUGCUGGUCCUGGAUCCAUCCAAGAGGCUGACAAUUGCUCAGAUCAAAGAGCACAAGUGGAUGCUGGUAGAGGUUCCUGUUCAGAGACCUAUUCUCUAUCCCCAAGGACAAGAGAAUGAGCCAUCAAUUGGAGAAUACAAUGAACAAGUUCUGCGGCUGAUGCACAGCUUGGGAAUAGACCAACAAAAAACCAUUGAGGUAACACAGUCUUUUGUUGUUCGGCUGGAAGCUCAUUUACAGUCCCUACUUUACAGGUCUGUCUGGUAUCUUCCAAGUUUUUCACCUUUGCUGGAGCUAUUGUGGGAAGGUCAAACCAGUAACAUAAUGGUGCAAGAGACUAAAUGAGCCUAAUGCUUUUGGGAAAUGAAUUUGCAGGGUAGAGGGAGUGAGGAGUGGGAAACCACCUGGUGGAGUUUAAUGGGUAUAUUCUAGCAUGCACAUCUCAAACCAUCAGGAAAGGGACACUUUGCCAGUAAUUCCCACAGCUGAUUUUGCCAAGGUACACUCAGCUUUGAUUGUACUGUGGAAUAUUGUAGCCCCUUCUUUUUUUAAAGUGAGAAAUACAAUUCAUAUUUUUCUGGAGAUAAUGUUUGAUUUUCUUAAACUUUCACUGCCAAGCCUUCCUGUCUUUUAUAGCCUAGAGUGGUGAAAAUGUUCACAUGUGCCUAUUCUUCAUUAUAUAUUUACAGGGCAAGUUUUGGGAAAUUUGAGGAUAACAAGGGGCGCAAAACAGGAAACGGACCUCACUUUGCUUUAAGCUUCUAAAAUGUGAGAUCUGACAAAGUGAAGAAAAAAAAACAACCCUUAGAAAAGCAGCCAGUUGUCUUUAUUUUUGGUGUCUCGGCUAGGAUUCCAAAUCAAGCCUCUUACCAGAAAUAAACGCUGAAAAGCUCCCUGAGGAGUCUGUGUGAUCACUUCCUUCAAAAUGGUUGAUAUUUUUAGCCAGUGUGGAGUCUGCAGUAUUAAUGCUUCCUGCCAGAAAGUUGGCAGGAGGGAGGGCAGGGGGCAAUGAAGCCUUGAGCCUUUUCGCUCAGGGCUCCAUUUCCCAUUGUGGCUCAAAAUGUGGAAUAGCCUAGGUUAAGGAACCUGUGGCCCUCCAAGAGUUCAGCUCCCAUCAAGCAGGGCUCAGUGGUAAUGGGAACUGUAGUCCAGCAAUAUCUGGAGGGCCACAAGGUUCUCCAUCCCUGGGCUAGGUGGUACUGUUUUGUGUUUGUUUUUUAAGGGUUAAUAAACAGGCACAGACACACGCAUUGCUGACAGUUCAUUUGUGCAACUGACACUUUUGUAAAACUGCACUAAAGCCAAUAUGAGGUCCCAGGGCCCAAUUAGCAUUGUCAUUUUGGGCUGGGAACAGAAUUUGGAGCUAGAAGGGAUUAAAACGUGUUUUGUUCUGCCACCCAGUCGCCCGAAUGACACUGUAGGAUGUGCUUAUGGAAAACAUAUUUAUGCAGUCCCAUCAAAGAGCUGAUCAACACACAGCAGGCAUCUCCCCUCCCUCCUUCGCCAGCUUAUCUCAACUAGGUGAAGACUCCCUCCCAGUCCCAAACAUGCAGCCCAGUUCGACUCUAGGGAAAGAAAAAGAAAGACUCUCACUCCUCCCAAGGAAAUGUUGUUCAGUGGAACACCGCACCUCUCUGUACGCAUAUAGCUGUGGCAGUCUCUCACACAUUGGAGAAAGGUGACAGAUAUUACAGUGGUACCUCAGGUUAAGUACUUAAUUUGUUCCGGAGGUCAGUUCUUAACCUGAAACUGUUCUUAACCUGAAGCACCACUUUAGCUAAUGGGGCCUCCUGCUGCUGCCGCACCGCCGGAGCACGAUUUUUGUUCUCAUCCUGAAGCAAAGUUCUUAACCCGAGGUAAUAUUUCUGGGUUAGCGGAGUCUGUAACCUGAAGCGUAUGUAACCCAAGGUAGCACUGUAUUUGUCCUGAUUUAACCUUUGGGUGCCUGUUCUCUUCUCAGUCCUUGCAGGACAAGAGCUACAACCACUUUGCUGCUAUCUAUUACUUGCUCAUAGAGAGGCUCAAGUCACAUCGCAGUAGCUUCCCUGUGGAGCAGCGGCUCGAUUCCCGCCAGCGACGACCGAGCACAAUCGCUGAGCAAACAGUCGCCAAGGUAACUCCCUGUUCUAGGCACAGUUGUUACCACACAAGCCAGUCAGUGUUCAGUCACAGAGCUCUUCUUCCUACCCAGACAGACACCCCCCCCCCCCACCAGCGACCUGUAUUUUUAGACCUGGAACCUAGUUGAAUAUAUAAAGUGCCUGCAUAUCAUGGAAGCCUCCUUUGACUGUGGUUCUUUUUUAAGAAGGGUGAAAAGUCAGUCACAACAGUCCAGUUCCAGAAAGUGGUUCAGUUUGCUGCAGCAAUAGGAAAAUCAGUAAGAGGGGGACCUAGGCAGUUAUUUUCCUUGGUGAUUUUGCCUGAAGCUGAUCAGAUGCAUCAAAAUUUGAGCAAAGGCAAUAAAGUGUUGUUUCAUUCCUCUGUAAUGAGCGCUGGUAUUUUGGCUAAGAGCACAAACCAGAAAGUCUCCCAUCUUGCCUAUGCUGUGAACUCACUAACCUUAGGCUGGCCAAUAUCUCUCUCAGCCUCACCCAACCAACCUUCUCCAUAAUCUGCAAUAUGGGAAUGGCAGUGCUGUCCUUCCAUACAGGAUCAUUCUAAGCAUGACUGUGAUGUAUGUGAAUCUGAGCACAUAGUAUUCAUUUGGCGUUAUUUAGCUGAUGGCUUUCCCCAUGCCAAUGCUCAGCUUUGGGCAGCUGUUGUGAUUCUCCUGACUGGCAAGUCACAGGCAAUGUUAGAUCUUGAAGCCACAGACCAAGCACUGGCCCACAUUAACACGCUCACGAACCAGCUGGUGGUCUGGAAAGCAAUCAAGCCAUUAAAGUGCUUUCAAAACUCAUUGGUAAAACAAGUUGACUGCAUGGCACUGUGGAACUUUUAUCACGGUGUUCCUGCAGACUCUGCCUUGGCUUCAGAAGCCCUGAUAAGAUUGCAGCUGAAUGUCACUCAGACAUUUAAGGAGCAAAACAUUGGGUGGCAUCAGAGCUUCACUCACUCACACACACAAAUAUGCUAUUUUGAAGUUUGUCCUUUGUAGAAUAUGAUAAAUGGCAGUAGUUUGUCGUUCCCAACACAUCCCCAAAUAUUCUCGUAUUUUGCAAACUCCCAUGUUUUGUUUUGUGUUUAAAUGUAUAGAAACCAAGUAUGUUGUGCUUAGCAUUGGCAGUUUGAGAUGUUUAAUAUACACUGACGGUUAAUGUUGUGGAUGUUGCAAUCCCCUUGCUGGCAGGCAUCUCACAGCCUCUGACUCUUUAUUUAAUCAGCAUGACGCCAAUAAAGUGAGCAUUAAACCAGCACACGCUUAAAAUAACAGUGAAGGCACAAUCUAGCUUUUAGCCCUUGGAGAAGCCCUCAUUCUUCCUUGUGGCCUCCGCACAGUCCCACAAGUGUGACUAGGCAUGCACAGUCUGACGUGCAGAACCUUCUGUAGCUCUAGGCAGGGCAAGAAGGUCUUGCUAAAAGCAUUCUGGCUCUAAAACGCAAGACCAGCACUUCCCUUCUUUGUUCUUCUCUGAGAAACGUUUGGUGUGAGCAGUUCAGUCUUGUGUAUUGGUCAUUCUCCUUUCCCCGCCUAUGUUAGGCUAGUUUUGCCUCACAGGUUGAGAUCCCACCACUUCUAUUAUUCUCCAGGGGUUGUUAUUGUUGUGCUCCAUCCCAUGUCCGAUACUUCCUGGUUUCAUUUCUGUUUUCUUUGCAUGCCUUCUAACAAACUGUUCUUUGUUUCUCUUACUCUUUGUAGGCUCAGGCUUCCGUAGCUCCUGUCAACCUGCGCCCCCAGAAUGUCAGGCUGCUAAGGUCUCCUGGCCUCCCACCAACUUCCACUGCUGAAGCUUUCUCUUUUCCCCCUUCCGCCUGCCAGGCAGAAUCGGCUUUCAUGGAGGAAGAGAGAAUCGACACACCAAAGGUAAGCUCUGCAAUUCUCACAUGCCAUAUUUAAGUCUCCUAGACCUUUGGAAUUGUCCGCGAUCGGUGCUUGGAGGAGGAGUUAGAUUCAUAGCUGAGCCGAGUAAUGCUGAAGCAACUGAGCUUAGCAUUAAGGAGCUUAAUAGUGAGCUGUUUGUUAGCACAGGAAGCAUCUACAAAAGACUGAGAGGCUUAUAUCGAGGGUGGGGAACCUUUUUCAGCCCAAGGGCCAAAUCCCCUUGUGGGCAUCCUUCCAGGGACCAUGUGCCAGUGAGGCCCAUCACCUAAGGCCUUUCAUUGUGUGCCUCCUCCACGAGAGGUCCCAAGGGUGGCAACACGAGAAUGGGCCUUUUCUGCAGCCCUGACCUUGGUGGAUGCAGAGAAAGCAUUUGAUAAUGUUUCGUGGGUAUUCAUGCAAAAAACUUUGGAAAUUAUGAGUUUGGGCAAGAAAAUAUGUAGUAGUAUAAAAGUGAUUUAUAAUUCCCAAAAGGCCAGACUAUCAGUGGUGAAACAUCAGAAGCUUUUAGUAUCUCUAAGGGAACAAGACAGGGCUGCCCUCUUUCUCCUCUCCUCUUUUUUACUGGAAGUAUAUUUGAAAGCAAUAAGAGAAGACCCUAGAAUAGAAGGAAUUAAAUUGGGACAAAGGGCCUCUAAGGUAAGAGCCUUCGCAGACAAUCUAAUAAUUACAACAGGAAACCAGAGAGUAUUGUAGCAGUAUUGGGGAAAACAAAGGAAUUUGGACAAUUAUCAGGAUUUAAAGUUAAUAAAGGAAAAACAAAACUCUUGGUAAAAAAAAAUUAGAUAUACAAGAAAAAGUAAAGUUAGAAAUAGAAACAGGACUUAAAAUCACCAACAGAGCAAAGUAUUUAGGAUUUUGGAUAACCAUGAAAAACAUUAAAUUAAGAAAGACUUAGAAAUCUGGAGCAAAUUAAAACUCACAUUGUGUGAAAGAAUUUCUACAAUCAAGAUGGUAGUUUUACCAAAAAUACUGUUCCUUUUUCAAUCAAUUCCAGUUCAUAAUGACUUAAAUUAUUUUAAGGAAUGGCACAGGUAUUUGGUGAAAUACAUUUGGCAGGACAAAAAACCUAGAAUUAAAUUUAAAUUAUUAACAGACACCAAAGACAGAGGAGGGUUUUGAAUGCCAGAUUUUAGGAUCUACUACGAAGCUGUCUGCCUGGUCUGGCUCAAGGAAUGGAUGAUCUUCAAGAAUACCAAAUUAUUGGAUAUUGAGGGCUGGGAUAAUAUAGUGGGGUGGCACGGAUGCCUGGGUUAUAAUAAAGUAAAAAUUAACAAAGGAUUCCUAAAUCACAUUAUUAGGAAAGCCUUACAUGAAGUUUGGGAAAAGAACAAAAAAUUAUUAGAACCAAAAACCCCAUGAUGGUUGUAACCAAUGGAGGUAGAGGCAGUAAAAAGAAAACAUAUGGAUUCAAAUUGGUUGACAUAUAAAGAUCUUUUAGAGGAAGUAAAUAAUAGAUUACAAAUGAAAAAAUAUGAAACAAGAAGACAUAUAGGAAUAGGCUGGUUACAAUACCAUCAAUUAAAUGCAGUUUUUGAGGAAGACAAGAAAGUAAAAGGAUUUGAUAAGAAAUUAUCUGAAUUAUCUGAAGAAUUGAUUAUAAAUGAUGAUAAAAAAUUGAUCCAGAAUGUAUAAACUAUUAUUAAAUUGGCGUUAAGAGACGAAGAGGUUAAAGAUGUCAUGGGCGAAUGGGCACAAGAUUUUGGUUAUACAGUUGAAUUAGAAAAAUGGGGAAAUUUAUGGGAAAGAGACAUAAGAUUUACGACAUGUUAUACAAUAAAAGAUUUUUUUUAAAAAAAAAUGAUGUACAGAUGGUAUCUUACACCCUCAAAAUUGGCUAAAAUGUACCAAAACACUAGUGGAAAGUGUUGGAGGUGCAAACUUAAAGAAGGGAAUUUCUUCCAUAUGUGGUAGACAUUCCCCUAAAAUUAAAAAUUUUGGGAAUACCAUUUAUGAAGAAUUAAAGAAAAUGUUAAGACAUACUUUCCCCCAAAAAACCGGAAAUGUUUUUAUUGGGCCUAUUAACAACAGACAUCCCAAAAGAAACCAAAGGAAUAUUUUUGUGUGCAGUAACGGCGGCCAGGAUAAUAAUUGCUAAACAUUGGAAAGUAACAUAACACCGACAAAAAAAGAAUGGGUUCUUAAGCUGUCAGAAUAUCUUGAGCUGGCCAAACUUCCAGGUUUAAUAAGAAAUUUAUUCUAAUGAGAAAAUAAGGAGAGAGUGGGAAGUCUUUAUAAAUUAUAUAAAGAGAACUGAUUCCCAGAUUCAUACUUGGUUUAGCUUAGAAUAAAAAUCUCACAGGUACCGAUAAUUAGAAUAUUUCUCCAAAAAUUUAAUCAUUACAGACAACCAGUGAUUUGAGGAAUAAAGAUCCACAUGGAGUUAGUUGAAAGUCAAUUUUUCUUCUUCUUCUUCUUGAUAUUAUUUUUUGUUCUUCUUUUUCCUUUUUUAGGAGAAUAUAAUGUUUUAUAUUUUUGAUUGUAGUUUAUGUUAUUAUGUUUACAUCCUUGUAAUUUUGUUUUUGUAUCUUCUGUUUUUGUAUUAUUUGUUCAUUUUAUUCAAUGAUUGUUCGUAUGAUGGAUAAGUAUUUAAAAAAAUUAAUGGUUUUUUUUAAAAAGAGAGAGAAUGGGCCUUUUCUGCAGUGGCUCCUCAUUUAUGGAAUACUCUCCCCAGGAAACGUAGCCUGGUCCCUUCAUUAUACACCUUUAGGCGCCUGGCGAAAAAGUUCCUCUUCAACCGGGCCUUUAGUUGACCAGCAUUCUAUGUCCUUUAAAAUGCAUUUGUAGGAGAGAUAGUUUAGGCACUUAAACUCAUGCAGAAUAUAGCAACUAAUACUGUGAACUUGUAUGACUUAAAGAUCUUCACUGGCUACUACUUUUGAGCAAAGUUCUGUCUGAGCAUUCAGAUCUUCAUCAGAGCCCCUGCUCUGCCUGCCCCGCUUUAAAAAAUUGGUGAGUGGCUUUGAGGGAGAAUGCCUUUUCUGUGGUGGCCCCUCAUUUGAGGAAAUCCCUAUAUCUACCUGCUAGGCACCGACUUCGUAUUGCUUUUUUCACCCUGGAAUUUAGUGGUAUUUAAAGAUUUUGACUACACUUCCUGUUAGGUUUAGUAGUGUUUAUAUGUUUUAUUAUUUUCUGUUGAUAUGGCAUUAACUGAUCCCAUGAGCUGCUUUAACGAAAUCUUCCUAGAAAUUUUCAGAGCAAAAAGUCAGUUCUUGGUUUUUGUGUUUUGGAGGGAUGGGGAGGGCUGUGUUUGCUUUUGCCUUUCGCAGUCUGCUUGUGGUGGUGCAUGAAGGCUCCCCAUUUAUUGAUGGCGGUUGUGUGGCUGUUGUCCUCACUGUGGUUUCCCACCAGAGGUGUCUCCACUUAUCAGAAGUGGGCAGCUAACAGAGGCCUGUGUGAACUGGGCUUAUUGGCUACUUCACAGCAGCAGGAAGUGUGGGAGACCUGCAGGCAUUUUCCUAGGGUGGACAGUGCAGAAAGGCCCUUGCGUUUCACAGUGGUGUGGUUUCCUAUGCCACAAGAUAAACAGGGUGCCUGAAGCAGCUGACUGUGUGUUCACAACUCAGCUGACUUCAGGGCAGCUGCAGCACCGGUUUUCACUGGCUAAAAAACAGCUUCUUAAGAAGUCAGGCCUGUUGCAAACUGCUUCCUCUCCCAAGUGGACAGCUCUACCUUUUACACACAGUGAGAUGAUGAUAUUAAGCUGGGCCAGGAGGGAGUUUGCCAUACUUUUUUUGGUUACAGCUUCUGAUACCCAGUCAGCCUUGUUACUUAGUAGAAAUUAACCAGCUCUUGUCACAUAGAGGUUUCUUCAGUCCUUGCAGAUACGAAGCCUUCUGCUGAAAAGUUUCCAGCGGGGUAGCUGUGCGGAAUCUCUGUUGCAGCAUAAACAACCAAGAGGCUUGUGGCACCGUAAGGGCUAACAGAUUUAUUAUGGCAUAAGCGAAAUCUGUUAGUCUUUAAGGUGCUGCAAGGCUUGUUGCUGUUUAUGCUGACAAGGACCCUCAUGAGUUUUAGUUUACACUCACAGUGUUGAGGCUGCUUAUUUGCAGCCAGCCUUAGACUUCUUUAUGUAAACUUGCAGGUAUGCUUGACUGCAGUUGCAAAAUGAGUCCCCCUCCCCCAAAUUUCCUUGUAAGCUGAGAAUUUCCAUGUUAAUUUUCAGCUGUAAUUGCAGUUUUCCUGCCUGUUUACAUUAUGUGAUAUUGGAAACUUGGCAGGCAGCAAGAUGCUUUAAUUGAAAUGGUGUUAUUAAUGUUUGCUUUUAGUUCACUUCAUGAGCAGUAACAAGCUUGCUGGGACCUUCAAGUUGUCAAAAAAUAUUAGAGACCUUCUGUCUCUAAAGCCUUUGGUUUUUUUGUUUUUUAUUCUCCCACUUUGUAAGUCGAAAUUCACAAUCUGCUCCGGAGAAUCACUAGUUCAGCUGCAGUCCCUUUAGAUUUUGGCUCCUGUCGUUAAUACAAGAAAACUUGUAUAAACUUCGUGCUCCUCUGCCGCUAACAGGCUGGCACUAAACCUGACUAAUCGGAUGUGACAGAUCCACAAUUGUGCAAAGGUACAGUUGCUCCAGUGAGCUUUGCACAUUCACACAUCAAGCUGAGAGGUCUGUGGUGAUGGGUCUUGAAGGGAAGUGGGAAUUAACCAGAAUGGAUGUGAGCUGGCAGGAGAAAAAUAUUCCGGAGCCUUUGUGACGACAAGAGCACAAAAUAGGCCAGAAACACGUUUCUGUGGUGUGUGUAUACCUACGUAAUGACACGUUCUGUUCUUGCACAGUCAUUGCCUCAUUGAUAUUGGUGUGUUUUAUGCCAUCAGAUUCAAAUGACACCCUUGAUUUAGGGCUUGCCAGGAUGGGAGACUUCUAUAUAUAAGAGCAGCAUGUACUUGGCCCGUCUAGCCCAGUGUCGUCCUGUACCACCAGAUGACACAAAAGAGGCUUAUAAUUAUUAGUUCGGUUUCUUUCAUCAUUCAUAAAUACGCGUCUGUGCUUUUUAUAUGACAGCUUAUGAAUGUGGCUGCUUCCCGCACAGCUAGCUUCAUGCUGCGGUGCUAAAAUAAGAGGAGCAGGCAUCAGAAGUAACCCCCCCCCCCAAAAAUGCAUCUUGGGGUCAGUUACCUCUCUUUCAGAGGGUCUUGCCUAAGGUGAUCUGGCAGUCCAUAGUCUUCCAUUGGGACCAGGAGGGAUCGACACCUGAAUACCCUUUCUAAUCAGCAUGCCUGACACCGAAAUUAUUCUCCUCGGAUGCGAUAUUUAGAGCCUUACCACCAUUUCUAAACACAAGGAUCAAGAGAUCUGUAAGCAGUUAGUUUUAGUGAGGUGUAGUAUAGCUUUCUGCCUCUGAUAAGGCUGGAUAAAUGUGAAAAGGGCUGUUACUAUACAAUACCCUGAUUCUUGGCAAACUCUAGUCUAAUCUCAUGCACAGUUUGGAGUGGCAAAAGCAUUCAGGCAUAUUGUGGAACCCCUCCCUCUUUAAUCCAGGAGAUUUCUCUUAUAGCAGCUAUUAAGGUUGUUGUUGUUUUUUACUUGCUCCAAGCAACCUGAACAGUAAAAUCUAGGAAACCUGUCUUAACACUGGCACUUAGUUCCGCUGAAUUGUUUGUCCUGUGUCGUGUCUGCUGACUGAAUUAAGUUGUCUAUGCCUUUGGCUGCUGCUUAACCAGCCCGGCUGUUAACAGAUAACUUGAUUCUUGUUGUGAUGCAGGUGGUAGCGUGGUGCCAGCCGCAAAACUUUUGUUGCUGGCUUGGUGUUCCAGGAAACAGCCUGCCCAGCAUAACACACAGCUCCAUUGCUGAGUUAGCAGCUAUAGGGCUUAAGAGAAAGCAUUGCCUCAGAGGAGUAGGGAACCAUGGAAGCUCACCCUCUCAUUUUACAGCUGUGCUUCUUAAAAUACUAAGACCUGCUUAUACAGGAGGUGCUGUCCUGAACCUGUUUUUCUUCUGUGCUUGAUUGUCAAAUCCAAUCUAGCAAGCGGGGCUUGACACGGUUUACCGUAUUUGUUGCAGUCAUCACCAUGGGGCUGGUGUAUCUUGGCUUCGUUCCCUGGUCUGAUGACAGCAGCGCAAGGAGCUUUCCCCCAGAGAUGUCUCCACAUGUACAGGCUUGCAACUCUUAAUCCAGAUGAAGGCAGAGGCCACCCUUCAUAUCUUAAGGGAGAGGGGGGAGACGCCUGCAUGCAUGCUCUUCCCAGCGCAGGUUCCUUUUUAGAGGCUAAGCUAUGGCCAGUGCAGGCAACACCACACAAAACCCUGUGUCCUGAAUGUAGUUGUAGCUGGAAGUGUCAGCUAGACGUCCUGUGGUAAAACAAACAGCGGCGCUCCCGUAACCCGGCUGUGGGAUCAGGGUUGCCUCUGAAAUGUUCUUGUCUCCUGCAGUUGGCAGAUUGCAAAACUGCCUUCUGUUAGACAUGGAAGUUGCUUUGGUUAGUCUUUCAGUGUCUCAGUAUAGGAAACAAACAAAAGUCAUUUCUGGGUCCAAGGGAAGUCAUGGUAUGGACAUUAUUGUGCUAUCUGGCCGAGACACCAGUGUCUUUAAUCUACUGUUGUUAGCUGGGUCCUGUGAGACUGUACCUCCUCUCACCCCUGAGCAUUUGCUGGUGCUGGUGGAGAUGACAUGUGGAGAUGAGCAGGUUCCCUGCAUAUGUUUCAAAGGGAGUUGUGGCACUGCCUAUCCUAGGGAGGUAGCCACCAGCUAUAGGAGCCUGAACAGAUGCAAGGUCUUCUGCAAGGUGAUUUUCAAAACCCCUUUAAACCUGGGUGGGUUUUUAAGCAACUGCAACAAGAAGAAAUCUGAUUUACCAUAUUGAAAUCAGUAACGAUAUCAAAGCAUUUAACAUCCUGCACGUAAGCAAAGAUGAAAGUAGCUCCAUCAUAAGGCAGAAUCUGAAGUACUUUCACUUGCAUCAAAAUCUGUUGCCAGAGCAGCCCAACAGGUAUUUCUGGGGUUGACGCAACACACAAAUGUCUGGGUAAAACACAUAGAGUUUCAUUUGACCUGAGAAAGUUCCCUUCAAUCAGGUGCAGAGUUGCUCUGGAUUUUUGCUUCCACACCUUGCAGAAUCAACCUUCAGUGCUCCCUUGUGGAGCCAAUUUGUCAUCAGGUUCAUAUGUGAAAUCGGGGGGGGGGGGCGCAGAUGCACAAAGUUGAUGCAAAUUAUUAUUUUUUCCCCUUUAUUUUUUUGCAUCAUUUAAGAUGUUUUGGGGUGUCAUUUUUUUUAAAAAAACACCAAGGCUCCAUUUUAGAGGUCGCCGAAUGUGUUUCUCCAAGGGGGGAGGGUCACAGAGAACAUGCUCCCCUCACCCCAGAAUUGGAGCCCUAUCCAAGAUAUGUUCCCAUGUAUUUUUUAGGUAUCAGUGCAAUCUCCUAGAGAAACGGGAACUUGGCCCAACCUCAGCAGUUCAGCAAUUAGCUAAUUUUGAAGCUGAUCCCCUGAGACAGAUUUCUUGAUGGAAUUCAGGAACAGCUGCUUAAAUGUCUGGGAAUUAGUCAAGAGCAGCAAGGUCACUCAUCAGCUGGCUGGGAGGCCUCUUUAUUGGAAGAGCAGGGCACCUGGGGCACAGCAUUCUGGGAACAUCUCCUCCGCAAGGCCCAAAUGGGCAAGAGCACCUAAGCCUGUUCAUGGGGGUUGCACAGAAGAGUUCCUACUCAAUUGUGCCCUAGUCCGUAGCCCCUGAGAGGAAGCAGCGCAGCUCUCUAGCUAGCUAGUAAUCCUGAGCUGGUAUGAAGUUGCUGGACCUUUUCAUUGCUGUGACAUAUGCUCAUGGGAGGUGGUUGUUUUCUGGAAGGUAGCUGCCACAGAGAAGCCCCAGAGAAUGGAGAGAGAGGGUUGUCUGUCAGUAGUUUAACUUAUGCUACCUGCCUAAGAGUAGGGUGGGGGAUUUCUCCUGAGUUAGUGUUCCUGUUUUCACCAGGAAAAGAUGGCCCUGUAAGAAAAGACCAACUCUCACUGUUCGUUCUCUCUUUCUCUCUCUCUCUCUCUCUCUCUCUCUCUUUCUCUGGUGUGUCUUGCCAGCUCUGCUCUUGACAUUUUAUCAAGCAGCAUCAUGGUUUGUAGCACUCUGGUUGUAUUCAAUCAACAGAUUGCCUCUACUGUGUUUUCGGAUGCUGCUCAGUAUCAUAAUUGUCUCUCACUUGACAGAGAUUUCAAAUGUCAUAGAGUCUCUGCAUACAAGUGCCACUAAGUAGAUAUUGUAUGUUUGUGGUUCUCCUCACCCUCCUUUUCUUAAUGCAUUAGGUGAAUGGCUGCCUGUUGGAUCCCAUCCCCCCAAUGAUGGGGAGGAAGGGAUGCCAGUCCCUGCCAAGCAGUAUGAUGGAGACUUCCAUUGAUGAAGGGAUAGAGACAGAGGGAGAGUCGGAAGAGGAUCCUGCUCAAGCGUUUGCAGCCCUGCAAGCCACUCGCUGUGGGAAGAGGCGUCACACUCUGGCAGAAGUAACCAAUCAACUGGUUGUCAUGCCGGGCACAGGUAAGUAAGUGGUCCAGGCUGGAGCCUAGGAAGUUGGAGUGGUGCCACAGCUCAGCUGGUUCAUCCUUCCCCACCCUGGUGCCCUCCAGAUGUUUUGGGCUUCAGCUCCCAUCCAAACAAGUCCCGUGCUGCCUGGGGCUAAUGGGAGUUGUAGUCAAAAAUAUCUGAAGGGCACCAAGUUGGCUGGCUGGUUGGGCUGGUCCAGUCCUGCCCUAGGUCAGGAUAGUAUUCCUUAUGUGAAUCCACCUAAUUCCAACUGUGGUAUGUUGUAGACUGAGAGCAGGUGCACAUGGAAGAGGGGAAAAGCUUGUUUUCUCCUGCUCUGGAGGGUGGGACUCAAACCAAUGGCUUCAAGUUGCAAGAAAUGAGUUUCUGGCUAAACAUCGGGAAGAACUUUCUGACAGUAAGAGCUGUUUGACAGUGGAACAGUUUCCCCCAGGAGGUGGUGGACUCUUCGUUCCUUGGAGGUUUUUAAGCAGAGGUUGGAUGGCCAUCUGUUAUGGAUGCUUUAGCUGAGAUUCCAGCAUUGCAGGGGGUUGGACUAGAUGACCCUCAGGGUCCCUUCCAACUCUGAUUCUAUGAUUUUAAGGGGCCUGUGGUGGACUUCCAGGGAGAGAGAAGUUUGGUUAUACACUGAAGGCAACUUGAGGCAGAGGGUGGGGGGAUUUUGAGGUCUUGGCCUAAUUUUCAUGCCUCACUGAAUUUAGCAGCCAACAAAGACAAGCCCUGUGUGCACAGGGGGGUGCAGUUAUUACCUUGGAGCCAACAAUGAAUUUGCUUUGUAGGAAGAUAAGAAUGAUAAAUGUACAGAUGGUUUCUGCUUGUUUUGCCAAGCAAUCUCAUGACAGUGUUCAAAGGCUGGGAAGAGCAAACAGUGUCAGCUAAGGAGCCACCAGUUAGUGAAUGUUUCAUAGCACUGGGAGCCAGUGGUUCUCCCCAUGAGAACAUCUCUCCAUCAUUCCUGUGCAAAUGGGAGGAGGCUGCUCUUCCACCAUCACUUGAGAACUUAUCGGUGCUUGUUCAGUAACUGCGGUGUGUGUGUGGAAUUCCUCCACCCUCAAAUCUGCUUUAAAAAAUCACAGUGGUGACGCAGCAAGAAUCAUUCUGCCAAAAUUGCUGUUGAGCAAACAGCAUCUGUGGAGACACCAAAAGGUUCAUAAUGUAAACCAGUAUACAGGAGAGUUUCAUUGUAAUGUUUAGAGCAUCGACCUUCAGAUGCCCUUGCUACGUUCCAGCCUCGCCACGUACACAGUGUGUGUAUAUAUUGCGAUAAGCAAGGCUGGAAUCGCAGAGAAGCAACUGCCUGGCAAAUGCCCCUUGUGACUUCAUGCGAAAGUGUUUGCAUGAUUUUUUCCCUCUAAACGUGAGAAGGUUGUGUGUGCUCCUUUCCAAAUAUGUGUCAUAUCUGUUCACAAUUGCUGUAGUAGAAAAGCAGUAUUCAGCUCCCAGUGCGUUUUGGGCAAUUUUAAGAAGAAAACCAAAAUGACUUGUCCUUAAAAGGCGGCUUUUUCACUUUCCAAAUGUGAAAAUAAAAAAUUCCAGGUGGUAGCAUAUUUUGUCUGACUGUUCCAAUUCACACGGCCAUCUGCCAUCAUUGUUUGAACCUGUCUGUUUCUGCAGUGUUGGAAAAGGGCUAAAGCAAUGCAGCCUUCCUCUUUUGGAGGCUAUCUUAACAUGUUCCAGCUAGCCACUAGAGACAUGGCUUUAGACACAGCAGCUUAGUUUGCUUUGGUAGGUGAUUGCUCAUUCCACUUACUAUGGAUUUUCCUGUGUUCUAAAGGGAAAGUCUUUUCCAUGGAUGAGAACCAGUCCUUGAGCAGCGUCGACUCUGAAUAUGACAUGGGAUCCAUCCAGAGAGACCUCAACUUUCUAGAAGACACUCCUUCCCUGAAAGAAAUGGUACUUGCCAAUCAGCCAGCUCCUAGGAUGACGCCUCCUUUCAUAGGCCUGAGACCCGCUAAUCCCGCCAUGCAGGCUCUGGCCUCCCACAAACGAGAGGCCCACAACCGUUCCCCUGUCAGCUUCCGAGAGGGGCGCAGAGCCUCAGACACAUCCCUAACGCAAGGUACCUUCUGUUAAGAAAUCAAGGUGUAUGGGCUGCAGCUGUUGGGGCAGGCAGUCUGGGUGGGGUGUGCCCUGCUACCUGGGUUAGGCUGAUGGCUUUGGGGUGGCCCCAUGGUUGUCCUGGCAGCCAGGAAGUCCUGAACUGCCCCAGUUCUAAACUGACAGUUAAGAUAGGACUUCAGCAUAUGGCAAGAGCUAUACAACAAAGAUGCUAAACGUAUGGACGAUAAAAGUAUCAAUGACGACUAGCCAUGAUGUCUCGGCUCUGCCUCCUCAUUCAGAGGCAGCAGAACUUCUGAAUACCAGUUUCUGGAAACCACAGAAGGGGAAAGCGUCCUUGUGUUCAGGUCCUGCUUGUAGUUUUUCUGUGAACAUCUGGCUGGACGCUGUGAAAGCAGGAUGCUGUACUAAAUGGGCCACAGUCCUGGUCCAGCAAGCUCUUCUUAUGCUCUUAUUUACCACCAUAUUUCUUUUUGGGUGGUGGGAAGGAGAGGAGGGGAUUGUGGGGCUGUCUCACAGUGCAACCUGCUAACAAGUAAGCCCUAUUGAGUUCAAUUGGAGCUAUUCCUAGGGUGUUUAGGAUUGCAGCCUACAUAUUCAUCUGUUUUGUGCAACCUGUUGGUGUUCCCUAGUGCACAUGGGCCUCUAUAUCAGGGUUUCUCAAACUUGGGUCUCCAGCUGUUUUUUAGACUACAACUCCCAUCAUCCCUGGCUAGCAGGACCAUUGGUCAGGGGUGGUGGGAAUUGUAGUCCAAAAACAGCUGGAGACCCAAGGUUAGGAAACCCUGCUCUAUAUAUACCUUCAGCUUUGUAGAAACUGUAUGUGGAUGCCCUGGAAAUACAUGUACAUCACAGGUGCAAUGAGCAAAACCCCAAAAUAAACUAACAAUUCAAAGCAGAGAGCUGCUCACAAUUUUAACAUCCAGGGAUUGCUUUCCUUCUAAAAACUGCUCUGCCUUGUCCUCAAUCCAGGAAUUGUGGCAUUUAGGCAGCACCUUCAGAAUCUAGCCCGAACCAAAGGAAUCCUGGAGCUUAACAAAGUCCAGCUGUUCUAUGAACAGAUGAGGUCGGAAGAUGAGCCUGCCCUGGCCUCCACGUCUCCCCAUCUGCAAGACCUCAGGAGUGGUCCCCAGCAGGUACGCCAUUUCUGGGGCAUGUUUGCCAUAUCUCUUGUGAGCCAUGGAGUCCUGCAGCCCUCCUUAAGCUCCUCCAGCUGAAGCAGCACAGAGAAGUCAGAAUGUGUCGGUAGGCAGAGAGAGCAAACUUAACUGGGGCACCUGCCACACAAGAAGCCAACAAAUCUGAGCUGGGUGUAAUUCCUUAGCUUUCAUCUGGGUUUUGUUACCAUCUUAAGUUCUGCAUUUCCAAAUCUGAAACCUCUUGAUGCCAGGGUGGGUUUGAUUGGCGUUCAGAGUACUGUAUAGGAAUGAGGAGGUUGUGGACCUCAGGUCUGUGUGGAAGGGGUUGGGAGCUCUGCAGGCCAGGCCUAUACAACACAUGAGCCACUAAAAGACUCCUACUCAGAGGAGAUCCGUUCAGAUUAAUAGAUGUGGCUGACAGGCUCGUUAAGUUCAGUGGAGCUACUCUAAGUAGAAGUUAGUUGGAUAACACCAGCAACCUGUGAUUUCUCUAGGAAGCAGGCAUCACUCACAAACAUGCAGGCUUGCUGACCGCACUUGGGGAUUUGGAAACUUCUUUCCAGCCUGGCUGGAUGGCAGAGGGUUGGACCUGGAUUCAGGUCAUUUGCCCGGCUCCUGAUCCGGCUCUCGUUUCGAUGGACUUUGCUACUUGUCAGAGUUUUAAGUGGGAAAUGUGGCCUCUGGAUCAGUAGAAGGUCUCUACAGCACGUUCAUCCUUUCCCUCUCUCUCUCUCUCUCUCUGUCUGUCUGUCUCUCUCUCUCCCCCAAGGAGGAAACACCCCAACAGCAGGAAGCUGCCUCUGCUUUUGCUAACGGCAUCCAUCCCCAGUUGCUCUCCAGGCGGCAGAGCUUAGAAACGCAGUACUUGCAGCACAGACUCCAGGUACGGUGCCACCUUUGGAAGAGUUAGGCCACUUCAAACAACACAGACGUUUAUAGGGAGUGCUGCUGCCUCUCCUUCUCUCUUGUCUCCCCACUAUAAUGGGUCGAGAUAUAAGACACACUACUCUCCCCUCCUCCAGGGUUUCAAAUAACAAAGCCAUGGGGCUCUCGUGGCCGGCUGCACAUAUCAUGGCAAAACUAGUUGUGAUGGGCUUACCAGCAAGCUCAGUCCCUACAUUAUUUCAGUAGCCAACUAACAUAUUAUAGCAGGACUAUAAAGUAUUGUGUAUAUGAUGAUACAGCGAGUCUUCCUUGUUUCAGAAGCCCAGUCUGCUUUCAAAAGCUCAAAACGCCUGCCAGGUUUUUUGCAAGGAAUUACCCCGGAGCCUGGAGCAGCAGUUACAGGAACACAGGUGAGCGAGAAGGCAGCAGCGCCCACUGGUUUGGACCUGCUUGUAUAUAUAAGCUUGCUUUAAGAGUCGGGGGAGCUUAAUUAGGAUGCUUUCCCACCCACCUCCAGAUUAAUGUGUCUUUGGAUGAGGGCUCACAAGAAUGGAAUUCUUUAUAGCAUAAGAGGGGUGGAUGGUUCCCAGGUGAUCUCGCAGUUGCCGCUCAGUGCAUGUAUGCGGGCAGCACUGAAUUGUCGUAGGUGUGCUGCCCCAUUCUCCUUGUCAGCAGUGUUCCUCUCCAGAUUGAAUUGUGAGCCAGUCCGAAAGGCAGGGAAGGAAUUCACAUAUUUGCUUCUUGCUUCAGGCUGAGAUGGCUCUGCCUUGUGGACCUGGAAACCUCCAAUGCAAAAUUUGUCACCCCAAGGUUCUCCCAAAGCCUCCUUCAGCUCAUUUUGUAUAUUUUCCUGCUUUUAAAAUCUGUGCUUAAAAGUGCGUACUGCAUAGAAUUAGAGCAGCGGUGUUUGUUUGUUCGUUUGUCUAUCUUGGUUUCCUUGAUCCUUAAAGAAAAUAAUUCAAAAACUGAAGUAUGUUUUUAAACAGACUUGGUUUGAAUUAAUUUGGGGGCAGUGCAGCUGAUAGGUUUUCUGAUCCUUGCUCCAAGCUUUAGACUGGAUGUCAUUUUUUUUUAUGUCUGAUGCUAGCUUGGCAAUCCAAAAUCCUUGCCUCUAGAGGAGAAGAAAGUGGCAUGGCUUUUAAGAAACUGGCUGAACCAACUUUUCUCGGUCUCUCUCGAUCCAGGUUGCACCAGAAGCGGCUGUUUCUCCAGAAGCAAUCCCAGCUGCAGGCGUAUUUCAACCAGAUGCAAAUAGCGGAGAGUACCUACCCCAGACCAAGCCAGCUGUCCCUCACAUGCCAUGAGGAGCAGCAGCCACCCCCCCCUCCCCAGUUCAGUCUGGUGCAGCCCCUGAGCCCCGUCAUGGAGCCUUCUGCCGAACAAAUGCAAUACGACCCUUUCCUUAGCCAAUACCAGAAGCUUCAACUUGACCAGCCACCCUCACCCCCGAUCCACGGUUCCUCUCGACUGCCCUCGCAGAUCCCCCUGCAGCAGCAGCAGUAUCCCUAUCAGACUUGCGAAUUGCCCGUUGGCACCUCGUCCGAGCCAGACUAUGCCAGCCAGCAUCAAUAUCCCCUGGGCCCGACCCAGCAGAGCAGUGUAGCAAUGACCGACAGCCGGCGGAGUUCAGACCCUCCUGGAUCCCAGUCUAGCUACGAGGCGUUAGGCCUGGUGGAGCUGCCGGGGCUCUUUGAUUGUGAAAUGAUGGAGACUGUUGACCCCCAACAUGGUGGCUACGUCUUGGUGAACUAG